UGGCUAGAUGCUGGUAGCUCACAAGUGAUUUGUCUAGCAAAUAAGCCAGCAGCUGCUCUCAGCACUGACUUGGAACUCAGUGAUAUUUGCAUUGGACAGAAUGCAUCAAUGGAGCUCAACUAUAGUACCAUAUAUUACUUUCUGAAAUACAACAUCUAUUUACUGCUAUUAGGUAAGCAUUGUGUCAUAUUUUAAAAAAUACAAGUUUUGUGCUUUUUCAGAAACACUUAUCAAAGCUGACUGCAAUGUAUCUGUUCCAUGUGAAUGUAGGGAUACUGUAUGCUCAAAACAGUUUUUAAACCUUAAUGACAGUCCCUUUUUUUUUUUUUUAAGCUUCUAUAAUUUUUUUUAAUAGUAAAGUUCGAUAUGUGCUGUUUUAGUUUACUGUUUAUUGUGAGUUCUGUAGACAUUUUUGUUUUGCUAAUGCAGUGUUUUAUGCAUAUAAAUAAUUCUAGUUUUAAUUAGAGAUUAACUUGUAUCUGUCCCAACAUAAUUCAUGUAUAGUAGUAUUCUUUGUAAUUUGUUUGCUUUGAAAAGUUUGUACUCUGCUACGAGCAUUAUGUUAAUAUUGUCUGGUUGUAUUUAAAUAUAGUUCGGGUCUGUUAUACUUUUAAGAUUAUUAUACACUUAUAUUAUAAAUAUGUAUUUAUUUUAUGUUAGCUUAUGCAUUAAUUAACAGCCUGCCUGAAUCCAUAAAAAGCACAUGCCUUAUGAAUCUUUAAAUAUAGCCAGUAUUUCAUUGUGUAGUCUCAUGCAUAGCUUUUGUUUAGUGUAACAGUGUUUAUUUUGAAUUGAAUUUUUUUCAUUAAUGCACUUUACGCAAUAUGUGUGCUUAUGUAUGCAUUCAGUAUACUUUAAAAUAUAGCAUAGGAUACAAAUGUUUAUUUUACAUACAUAUAUGAGUGCAUACUUAAAAGAUUAUUCAAAGCGUCAUAACCAGCCUGCUGUAGUGGUUAUGGUGCCGGGAGUAUGCUGCCCCUGUUUCCUGGUAAUGGUUCAAACCAUUUUGCAACAGUUUGCCCUUUUACCUUGGUCCACACGGUGCGCAGUGGGUCCUCUAUGGCCAGUGACGACAUCCUACUACUGCAGAGCUGCAGAAGUCAGAAAUCAAUUCUGCUUGACAUUAAUUGAUCAGCUGACCUCUCUCAGCCAAUGAAUGCAAUGCUAUGCAAAGGAAUAUGCACAGAAUUGACAUUAGCCAGCCCAGAAUUCUAGUUCCGUGCUGGACAAUGACACCCCAAUGGCACUGCCUGAGGUGGAGUUACACGCCUGGCAGCAGAGGGAUUAAACUAAGUAUGUACAGCGUUUUGUAGCGCACAUACAGAUUCCAAGCAUCGUAGAUAGAAGCGCCCAGUUACAGGAUAAAGAGGUUUGAAUUUCUACAUGUAAUUUUUGUAUUCAAACCUCAAAAGUACGUUUGUUAAACAUAGGGAUAGGUGAACAUAAUAUUGAAAAUUAUCCUUUAAAUAAACUAGAUGAUUAAUAAGAAUAAUCAAAUUAGAAUAGAAAAAUAGUAAGUGAAGACAGGUGAUAGAAAACAGUUGUAAUAUUAACCCUUUCUCUGCCAUGCAAGUGGUACAGAACCAACACUCUAAUCGUUAACAAAAAUAUUCCAUAUUACCACUUCAUGAGGUGUAAUUAUGAAAAUGGCAUUGGACACUGUCUGCCAGAGAGUUCAUAAGCGCAUUAUUUGAACUUGGAGAUUCAGUGCAAUGUGAUUAAGGAUAAGAUAACCAAUAUAAUUGUUUCUUUGCAUUGCUACAGGUCAAGUCAAAAAUCAGGAACCACUCAAUUACCUUUAACCCCUAAAGGACCAAACUUCUGGAAUAAAAGGGAAUCAUGACAUGUCACACAUGUCAUGUGUCCUUAAGGGGUUAAAGGAUCACUAUAGUGUCAGGAAAACAAAGCGGUUUUCCUGACACUAUUGUGCCGUGAGGGUGCCCCCACCCUCAGGGGUCCCCCUCCCGUGGUGCUAAAGGGGUUAAAACCCCUUCAGCCACUUACCUUAAUCCAGCGCCGGGCUCCCUCAGCGCUGGUGAUCUCUCCUCCCCGUCCGACGUCAGCUCCCCGGUCCGACGUCACUGGAGCCCAAUGCGCAUGCGCGGCAAGUGACGCGCGUGCAUUCAAAGUGUCCAUAGGAAAGCAUUUCUCAAUGCUUUCCAAUGGGCGCUCUGUGCGAAGGAGGCAGAUGCGCCUCUAGUGGCUGUCCGGAAGACAACCACUAGAGGCUGGAUUAACCCCAAAUGUAAAUGUUAUGUUUACAUCUGAAGGGUUAAAACCUGAGGGACCUGGCACCCAGACCACUUCAUUGAGCUAAAGUGGUCUGGGUGACUAUAGUGUCCCUUUAAGACACUUAGGGCUUAAUUCACUAAACACCAGUUUGUGUUAUGUGAAAAAAGAGUUGCAAAAUGUAAAUUAUAGUAGUUAAACCAUGGCUAUAGCUGAGGUGAAGACUUUUUUUUUUAAAUCAGCUAUUUAACUUAACUUAACUUGCUACAAUUCAUAUUAGUGAAUAAACACUUGAAUUUAGUUAGAUUAAUCACAUUAUUGUCAUUAUAUAUAAAUAGGCCAAUGAGAGCACAUAUGAUAUAUGCUAGUCUAACCCUCCAUCGUCUUUAACACAUUAAUAAUAGGCUUAUCAUGAAUGUAAUGCAUCCAAAUGUGUGACACUUUCUGAAUUUAUAAAAAAAAAUAAAAAAAAAUAUGUUUGUUGUUGCAGUUGUUAACCCUGUCAAUCCAGACCAUUAUGUGUAUUAUUUUCAGAUUGUCAGGUUUACAAAGCUUUGGACGUGUUUUCAGGGUUAUUCAAUUGAAUUUUCAGGGAAUUUAAAACAAUUUUUAAUUGUUACGCUGAAAUAGCUGAACUGAAAUAUGGCUUACUUGGAGACCACCCCCGGGUUAGCCCCCCCAUAUUCAGAAUUUUAACAAAAGAUUACUCCAUUUGUUAGAUCUUUGUUAGAUCAGGUUUGAUCAACAAUUUUUUUCGUUAGAUCUACUCUAAAAUAUGCGAUAUUAACAAUCAUUGUCAGGGGGGGCUAACCCGUAGCCAGCCCCCCCUCAACAAAAAUUUGGAGAAAAUGUUGUUGAUUAUGAUAGCUCUACGUUAGAUCAGGUUUGAUCAGGCAAAAUUUUUGUUUGAUCUAGUCUAAUUACUGAGAUAUUGCAUAUAUAAUUAGGGGGGGCUGGCCCCCCCUCAACUGAAAUUUGGACAAAAUGUUACUGAUUUUGGUAGCUAUUCGUUAGAUCAGGUUUGAUCAACUGUUUUUUUCGUUAGAUCUAUCACUCAAGAGGCGGUAUUCCCUACGUAACUUUGUGGGCGUGACUACGGGUUAGCCCCCCCUCAAGUGAAAUUUGAAUUUUUUUUAUUGAUUUUGGUAGCUAUUCGUUAGAUCAGGUUUGAUCAACUGUUUUUUUUCGUUAGAUCUAUCACGCAAGAGGCGGUAUUCACUACUUAACUUUGUGGGCGUGACUACGGGUUAGCCCCCCCUCAAGUGAAAUUUGAAUUUUUUUUAAUUGAUUUUGGUAGCUAUUCCUUAGAUCAGGUUUGAUCAACUGUUUUUUUCGUUAGAUCUAUCACGCAAGAGGCGGUAUUCACUACUUAACUUUGUGGGCGUGACUACGGGUUAGCCCCCCCUCAAGUGAAAUUUGAAUUUUUUUUUAUUGAUUUUGGUAGAUAUUCAUUAGAUCAGGUUUGAUCAACUGUUUUUUUCGUUAGAUCUAUCACGCAAGAGGCGGUAUUCACUACCUAACUUUGUGGGCGUGACUACGGGUUAGCCCCUCCUCAAGUGAAUUUUUUUUUUUUAUUAUUGAUUUUGGUAGCUAUUCGUUAGAUCAGGUUUGAUCAACUGUUUUUUUCGUUAGAUCUAUCACGCAAGAGGCGGUAUUCACUACUUAACUUUGUGGGCGUGACUACGGGUUAGCCCCCCCUCAAGUGAAAUUUGAAUUUUGUUUUAUUGAUUUUGGUAGAUAUUUGUUAGGUCAGGUUUGAUCAACUGUUUUUUUCGUUAGAUCUAUCACGCAAGAGGCGGUAUUUAGCCCCCCCUCAUGUGAAAUUUUAAUUUUUUUUCAUUGAUUUUGGUAGCUAUUUGUUAGAUUAAGUAAGAUCAACUGUUUUUUUUCCGUAAGAUCUAUCACGCAAAAGGCGGUAUUCACAAUCUUAUUUUAAUUUUGCACAUAAAUACCAGUAAAUUUUCAUAUCAAGCCACAGGUGACAUCAUAAUUUAAGAAUUUGCUUGGAUUUGCUAACACAAUGUGUAGAUCAUUUUCAAUAUUUUUUUUUUUUUCUCUACAUGCACAGUAUUGAGGUGAUAAAGUCCAGCAUAUGCCCAGCCUGAACUUAUUAGUGAUAUUUGAAUACAGUUGCAAGAAAAAGUAUGUGAGCCCUUUGGAAUGAUAUGGAUUUCUGCACAAAUUGGUCAUAAAAUGUGAUCUGAUCAUCAUCUAAGUCACAACAAUAGACAAUCACAGUCUGCUUAAACUAAUAACACACAAAGAAUGAAAUGUUGCCAUGUUUUUAUUGAACACACCAUGUAAACAUUCACAGUGCAGGUGGAAAAAGUAUGUGAACCCUUGGAUUUAAUAACUGGUUGAACCUCCUUUGGCAGCAAUAACUUCAACCAAAUGUUUCCUGUAGUUGCAGAUCAGACGUGCACAACGGUCAGGAGUAAUUCUUGACCAUUCCUCUUUACAGAACUGUUUCAGUUCAGCAAUAUUCUUGGGAUGUCUGGUGUGAAUCGCUUUCUUGAGGUCAUGCCACAGCAUCUCAAUCGGGUUGAGGUCAGGACUCUGACUGGGCCACUUCAGAAGGUGUAUUUUCUUCUGUUUAAGCCAUUCUGUUGUUGAUUUACUUUUAUGCUUUGGGUCAUUGUCCUGUUGCAACACCCAUCUUCUGUUGAGCUUCAGCUGGUAGACAGAUGGCCUUAAGUUCUCUUGCAAAAUGUCUUGGGAAUUUGGGAAUUCAUUUUUCCUUCAAUGAUAGCAAUCCGUCCAGGCCCUGACGCAGCAAAGCAGCCCCAAACCAUGAUGCCCCCACCACCAUACUUCACAGUUGGGAUGAGGUUUUGAUGUUGGUGUGCUGUGCCUCUUUUUCUCCACAUAUAGUGUUGUGUGUUUCUUCCAAACAACUCAACUUUGGUUUCAUCUGUCCACAGAAUAUUUUGCCAGUACUGCUGUGGAACAUCCAGGUGCUCUUGUGCAAACUGUAAACGUGCAGCAAUGUUUUGUUUGGACAGAAGUGGCUUCCUCUGUGGUAUCCUCCCAUGAAAUCCAUUCUUGUUUAGUGUUUUACGUAUUGUAGAUUCGCUAACAGGGAUGUUAGCAUUUGACAGUGACUUUUGUAAGUCUUUAGCUGACACUCUAGGAUUCUUCUUCACCUCAUUGAGCAGUCUGCGCUGUGCUCUUGCAGUCAUCUUUACAGGACGGCCACUCCUAGGGAGAGUAGCAGCAGUGCUGAACUUUCUCCAUUUAUAGACAAUUUGUCUUACCGCGGACUGAUGAACAGCAAGGCUUUUGGAGAUACUUUUAUAACCCUUUCCAGCUUAAUGCAAGUCAACAGUUCUUGAUCGUAGUUCUUCUGAGAGCCCUUUUGUGCGAAGCAUCAUUCACAUCAGGCAAUGCUUCUUGUGAAAAGCAAACCCAGAACUGGUGUGUGUUUUUUAUAGGUCAGGGCAGCUGUAACCAACACCUCCAAUCUCAUCUCAUUGAUUGGACUCCAGUUGGCUGACAUCUCACUCCAAUUAGCUCUUGGAGAUGUCAUUAGUCUAGGGGUUCACAUACUUUUUCCACCUGCACUGUGAAUGUUUACAUGGUGUGUUCAAUAAAAACAUGGCAACAUUUCAUUAUUUGUGUGUUAUUAGUUUAAGCAGACUGAUUGUCUAUUGUUGUGACUUAGAUGAUGAUCAGAUCACAUUUUAUGACCAAUUUGUGCAGAAAUCCAUAUCAUUCCAAAGGGCUCACAUACUUUUUCUUGCAACUGUAUUCAAAUAUCACUAAUAAGUUCAGGCUGGGCAUAUGCUGGACUUUAUCACCUCAAUACUGUGCAUGUAGAGAAUAAAAAAAAAUAUUGAAAAUGAUCUACACAUUGUGUUAGCAAAUCCAAGCAAAUUCCUAAAUUAUGAUGUCACCUGUGGCUUGAUAUGAAAAUGUACUGGUAUUUAUGUGCAAAAUUAAAAUAAGAUUGUGAAUACCGCCUUUUGCGUGAUAGAUCUUACGGAAAAAAAACAGUUGAUCUUACUUAAUCUAACAAAUAGCUACCAAAAUCAAUGAAAAAAAAUUCAAAUUUCACAUGAGGGGGGGCUAAAUACCGCCUCUUGCGUGAUAGAUCUAACGAAAAAAACAGUUGAUCAAACCUGAUCUAACGAAUAUCUACCAAAAUCAAUAAAAAAAAUUCAAAUUUCACUUGAGGGGGGGCUAACCCGUAGUCACGCCCACAAAAUUAAGUAGUGAAUACCGCCUCUUGCGUGAUAGAUCUAACGAAAAAAACAGUUGAUCAAACCUGACCUAACGAAUAGCUUCCAAAAUCAAUAAAAAAAAAUUAAAUUUCAAUUGAGGAGGGGCUAACCCGUAGUCACGCCCACAAAGUUAAGUAGUGAAUACCGCCUCUUGCGUGAUAGAUCUAACGAAAAAAACAGUUGAUCAAACCUGACCUAACGAAUAUCUACCAAAAUCAAUAAAAAAAAUUCAAAUUUCACUUGAGGGGGGGCUAACCCGUAGUCACGCCCACAAAGUUAAGUAGUGAAUACCGCCUCUUGCGUGAUAGAUCUAACGAAAAAAACAGUUGAUCAAACCUGAACUAACGAAUAGCUACCAAAAUCAAUAAAAAAAAUUCAAAUUUCACUUGAGGGGGGGCUAACCCGUAGUCACGCCCACAAAGUUAAGUAGUGAAUACCGCCUCUUGCGUGAUAGAUCUAACGAAAAAAACAGUUGAUCAAACCUGAUCUAACGAAUAGCUACCAAAAUCAAUAAAAAAAAAUUCAAAUUUCACUUGAGGGGGGGCUAACCCGUAGUCACGCCCACAAAGUUAAGUAGUGAAUACCGCCUCUUGCGUGAUAGAUCUAACGAAAAAAACAGUUGAUCAAACCUGAUCUAACGAAUAGCUACCAAAAUCAAUAAAAAAAAAUUCAAAUUUCACUUGAGGGGGGGCUAACCCGUAGUCACGCCCACAAAGUUAAGUAGUGAAUACCGCCUCUUGCGUGAUAGAUCUAACGAAAAAAACAGUUGAUCAAACCUGAUCUAACGAAUAUCUACCAAAAUCAAUAAAAAAAAAUUCAAAUUUCACUUGAGGGGGGGCUAACCCGUAGUCACGCCCACAAAGUUAAGUAGUGAAUACCGCCUCUUGCGUGAUAGAUCUAACGAAAAAAACAGUUGAUCAAACCUGAUCUAACGAAUAGCUACCAAAAUCAGUAACAUUUUGUCCAAAUUUCAGUUGAGGGGGGGCCAGCCCCCCCUAAUUAUAUAUGCAAUAUCUCAGUAAUUAGACUAGAUCAAACAAAAAUUUUGCCUGAUCAAACCUGAUCUAACGUAGAGCUAUCAUAAUCAACAACAUUUUCUCCAAAUUUUUGUUGAGGGGGGGCUGGCUACGGGUUAGCCCCCCCUGACAAUGAUUGUUAAUAUCGCAUAUUUUAGAGUAGAUCUAACGAAAAAAAUUGUUGAUCAAACCUGAUCUAACAAAGAUCUAACAAAUGGAAUAAUCUUUUGUUAAAAUUCUCAAUAUGGGGGGGCUAACCCGGGGGUGGUUACUUGGAGAUAUUGUUCAAUUUCGCUAUUGUGGCCUAAAAUUUGAAAUUCACUUUGAAUAUGCUUUGAAUGCCUGACAAUUCUCACUAGAGUGAAAAAAAGUAUUAAGAGCAUUGGAGUAUGAAGCUUUGAUAUAUUUAUUUAUUAUGGAUUUUGUAAUAAGAACAUCCAUUAGAAGGCUGGACUUUAUAACUGUGGUAAGCAUGGCCCCUAUGUCUAAAUGUUCAGAGAUAUGUUUACACAUAACACAAAUGUUUGUCACAAUUUAGCAUAAAAUAUGCAUUCUGCAAAGCGAAUCUUUGUGUUUUAAAUAAAUAUAGUUGGCUGGCUGUCCCUCCCUGCUUGUCCACAAAAACAAAACAAAGCACAAAAGACUUUAUUUUAGCCUAAACUUGCUGUUAGUGUUGUCUGUCAAUAUGAGUGUGUUUUGGUGUUGCUUUGAUUGUAGGCGUAGAUUGUACCUUUACAUCAGAGGUUUGCAUUCCUAAAAGAGACGGCUGUAAUAAACUAGAAUACAGAUAUAAACAUGAAAUCAUUUAAAUGUUUGUAAAUCUAUACUACAGAGUGUAGAGAUCAUUUUGAUUCGACAUAAUGUAUGUAGUUAGGGUUGUUCAAGGUUUUAAGGGCUAAGUACAAUGCAGAUUCUUUUAGAUCUCUUGGGAUGAGCGUGAUGUAAAAAUGAUCACAUUUAUAAGUAUAAUGCAUAUAAAACCAGCCUUUUUUGCCCAUCUGUCAGCUCAAUAAUAAAAGCCUUAAAGUGUAAAUAAAGACUCAGAACCAGUGUUAAUUUUGUCGACUAACAAUUUUAGUCAAAUUUUAGUCGACUAAAACUAAACUAAAUCUCGAACAAUUCAGAUGAAUAAAAUACGACUAAAACUAAAUUGAAAUUUGCCGCCAAAAUUAAAGGAUCGCUAUAGUGUCAGGAAACAAACCCGUUUUCCUGACACUAUAGUGCCCUCAGGGUCGCCCUCCCUUGGCGCUGAAGGGGUUAAAACCCCUUCAGCCACAUACCUUAAUCCAGCGCCGGGCUCCCUCGGUGCUGGUGACCUCUCCUCCCCCGCCGAGUGGAGCGGAAUGCGCAUGCACGGCAAGUGCUGCGCGCGCAUUCAAACAGUCCAUAGGAAAUGCUUUCCUAUGGGCGUUCUGCACGCUGGAUGCGAAUUUCGCAUCCAGCAUCGCAGAUGCACCUCUAGCGGCUGUCAGGAAGACAGCCACUAGAGGUUGGAUUAACCCUGCUAUGUAAACAUAGCAGUUUCUCUGAAGGGUUAAAACCUGAGGAACCUGGCACCCAGACCACUUCAUUGAGCUGAAGUCUGGGUGACUAUAGUGUCCCUUUAACACUGUACAGAGGGCCUGUGGAAGGGGCAAAAGAAGCAGACCAGCGUUUGGGAGAGAGACACCCAGAGGGUCUGGGAGGACACAAGAGAGACAGGUUGCCUAGGGAAGGGGAAAAAUAAACAGAUAGAGACUUUAACUAAGUCCUUUUUGUGUCAAGUAAUAUCUACUGGAGAUUUAAUCGACUAAAACUAAAACAAUUCAGAUGACUAAAAUACAACCAAAAUGGCUUUUUAGUCAAAAGACUGACUAAAAAAUAAAUUAAUAUUUGCCUCCAAAAUUAACACUGCACAGAACCAUAAAAGUGCAGACACACGGGUGCAUUCACCUCUACCUUAUCUGCCUGGAAUCAGUUCCAUAAAUCAACUACUUCUCUAUGUAAAGUCCAUUUUAGUACAGAUUGUGGGUCUGCCAAUCUGUACCAAUUUACAAGAUGUUCAACUAUAUCUGUUAAAGUGGAAAUUCUUGAAACAUAUUUUCUGAUUAACAUGCUUGAUUCAGUGUGCUGUCACUUCUGUUUUAUUUUUUUUUCCCUAUAAAUACUUCUCAUAUUCCUACGAUUUCCUCUUUCAAUCUGUUAAUAUGUGUAUGACUUUGUUUGGUCUGCUCUGCAACUCAACACUUUAAUUUGAGGCAGAAAUCAGACCUGAUUAUUUCUUUCAUUACUUGUAAGAGCAUCUAGUAGCAAAUUGUAAAUGUUUCAAUUCUGAAAUGUCUCUUCUAAGAACAUGGCAGCAAUGCAUUGCUAGCACAGUGUAAUAUAGCAUUGCCACCACUAGGGCUAGGGAGGAGGUUAUGUCAUGGGGACUUUAGCGUUAGCUAGGGUUAGCGGGUGUAGGGGGGGAGAUAGAGCUAUAAAGUACCUGCCUUCAAGAUGCCCUAGACCGAAAGUCUCAUGAUUCUCAGCCAACCAAAGCAGGCCACGCACGUGUGUUUCAGCAAUACAUUGAGCUGUACAGAUAUGUUUGCAGGAUUAGAGAUGACUCUGCUCUCAUGCAGAAUGUCAGAUGUGUACACACCCCAAACCGAGAACUGUAAACUGGAUUGUGAAUUAACAAAAACUCUUCAUGGUAUGGCUGUUUUUAUUUUAUUGAGCACUUCCACUAAUCAUAAACUACAGAUCCAAUAAAGUGCUGCCGUUAACCAUGAAAUCAAAAUGAAAGCUCCUGAUUGGUUAGUUAUGUAAAAUUGUAUAUAAUUUAAAUGUUUAUAUUUUGCAGUACACUAAUAGGCCCCAUUUUCUGCCAUUUAGUUCAUAGAUCAAGUAAGAAAAAAAAAACUAUAUUUAAAUAUUUUAAAUAUUUAUCAAAUAUAUAAUAUCAAGGUCGUAACUAGGAACCUCAGAGCCCCGGUAAAAAAAUCUGUUAAGCCCCCUUGCUAUAGAGCAGAGGUGGUCAAUAGGUACCGUACAACUCCCAUGAUGCCUUGUCAGCUAUAAAUCUAUUAUUUACCCAUCCCUGCAGAGCUGCCAUACAAAUCCCAUGAUGCUUUGCCAGCUAUGGGUCUACUAUUUACCUAUCCCUGCAGAGUUCUAUUUGUAUGCUGCAGUAUCUGUGAAUGUAAAUGUGUUUUCUAUGUAGAUUUUGUAUGGAGUAUAUUUGUGUGAAUGUUUGUUUAUUUGUAUAUUGCUGAUGUUUGAAUGCAAGGGGGUCUGAUUGUGUUUAGUGUUGGCAUUUGAAUGCAGGACUAUUUUGUGUACAGUGUUGGCAUUUGAAUGUGUGGUGGAUUUGUGUGUAAUAUUGGUGAAUGCAUGCAAAUGCACUGGCACAAACACAUAUAGGGGCACAUUGCCAUACAAAGAAUCACAAGUGCAUUGCCACACACAUACCCACAUACAUAUAUUCACACAGAUACACUACGAGAGACACACACACACACAGAUUAACAAGCACAUAUAGUUACUUUGACACAUACUAACAUACAUGCAAGAUCCACACACAGAUCCACAUGUACAGAUACAUACUCUGACACACACAAACACUAACAUAUAUGCAUAGAUACAUAUACUGACACAUAUGCACAGACAUACACCAACACACAUAAACACUGACAAACAUACAUAGAUACUGUUACAGACUGACAUUUGUAACUGUUAUUUUAUUUGACAAAUUGCCCUGCUUCCCUGUGUUAUGGAGAAGCCUAAUUGACAGCCUUCUGCCCCAUGACUAUGGACCUAGUGGGUAUGGCGAUUUGACUGUAUUUGUGGGAUCUGAGCGCUGUUUGGAUAUAUUGAGCGCUCAGAUCCAAGCCAUCUGGGGAUAGGUUGAAUGUGGGGGUUCUGUUCAGUAUGAUAAGAGUUAGGUAUUUAUGUGUCUUUUUGUGUCUUUUGCUAACAUGUGGUUAAUGGAGUUUGCCUCUAUCCCUGGAUAUAAGUGGAUUAUUUUCCCCAUUGUCUCCUGGAUAGAGGGCUCUGUAAAACCGGUUUGGGCCAGAUAACCAUGCUGCCAGCCAGGCCCCAAAAGAUACUUUUGCUAACUUUUGAACCCCUUGUCUGAUUUGUGCCAUUUUUUUAUAUGUUGCUCCCCUGAAUGGAUUGAUUCUAAAUAUGUAAUUUUUAUGAAGAUUGGAUGUGUAGUUUGAAAGUUAUAGUACAUGUAUAAAAACUGUAUUUUUACUGCCUGUGUUUAAUUAUGUUAACCCAUUGUGUGCCAUAAUUAGAUCACAGGCAGAGGGGAGGAUUUUUGUGUGUAAUUGCUGGGAGUGUUUCUGUAAUGUAUGUUUAUGAUUGGUUUUUCUGUAAACCCCUGUGGGUGGUCCUAUCUCAGGGAAACCUGCAUAAAAGAAGGCCCUUUGGUGCCAAGUAAACAGAUCUUCUUGACCCUCAAUACGUAGCCUUGUCUCGUUAUUGGAGGGAACUGCUAUAUCACACUGGGGAUUGCUAUGCUCUGCAUAUUCCCCUGAGCUUUUAGUCACUUAGCUCUUGUAAGAGCUGUUCCUGUUACGCUCUCCUGGAGGAGAGGUCUUCCCCACACGGUCCUGGAGGACAGAAGCUGAUCCAGGGUGGAAGGAAGACAGCGAGACUCCAGUUAAGCUACGGCGGUUGUGGAGUCUGCGGUGGUUGUGGUGUCUGCUGCAGUGUUUGGAGUCCUCAGGAAGCGCUAGGAGCAUCCAUCAACCGAGGGUACUCGGUCGGAGUACAGGGAGCUUCGUUACAGAUACAUACACAGUGGUGUAUCCUGGUUUUGUGCUGCCCUAAGCAUGACAAAACUCAUGACGUCAUAUUCCGGCUCCCGGGAUCAGUGCUCCCUCGCCAUCAUCGCCCGCCCGGACUGUCAGUUAACCGCCAGGCUAAAAAGACAUUUGCUUGGGCAUUUGGGGGCGGCUUUUCCUGGAAAGUGCCGCCCAAGGCAAAUGCCUUGUUUGCCUCGCGGCUAAUACGUCCCUGUACAUACACUGACACCAGGUCCGGACUGGCCCACCGAGAUACCGGGAAAUUUCCCUGUGGGCCGUCGGCACCUGGGGCCAGGCAGGCAGCUGGCUGACCUGCGGCCGCAGAGGGAGCUCCUUUGGCGGCCGAAGGGGGAGCUGGCUGUUCUGUCUCUGUUCCCCCUCCCCAGCGCACUGCUUAAUGAGACCUGUGUCUGUGUCACAGUCUGUCUGUGUUAUGGUGUGUGUGUGUGUCAAGGUGUGUGUGUCUUUUUUAAGGUGUGUGUCUGUCAUGGUAUGUGUGUGUCUCUGUCAUGGUGUGUGUGUGUGUCUGUCUGUCACGGUGUGUGUGUCUGUGUUAUGGUCUGUCUGUGUCAUGGUGUGUGUCUGUCAUGGUAUGUGUGUGUGUAUGUGUGUUUUUACUCACCUUUUUUUUUCUUCCCGUGUCGUGCUGGUCUCCCCUCGACUGGCCCUGCCUCUACGGCUGAGAUCAUCAAGCUUGAUGAUCUCAGCCAAUCCGCACUGACACAGGAAGCACCUCUAGUGACCGUCUGAGUGUCUGUCACUAGGAAGCAAUGUAAACACUGCCUUUUCUCUAAAAAGUCAUUGUUUACAUUGAAAAGCCUGCAGGGACAGGCUGUAGACACCAGAGCCACUACAUUAAGCUGUGUGUGUGUGCGCGCCUGCUAGUAAGUGGGCUUGCUUGUGUGUGUGUGUGUGUGUGUGUGCCUGCUACUGAGUGAGCUUGUGUUUUUAUGUCAAUGACCUUAUUUAUAUCAGUGAGAUUGUUUGUCUAUGAGGCUGUGUAUCAAUCAUCUUGUGUCAGUGAGAUGGUCUGUGUCUGCAUGUGAGUAUGCUUACUGUAUAAUUAAAAAUUUUACUCUGAAAGGACCAAUAUUUUAUAUUGGAAAAAGAUAUAUAUAUAUAUAUAUAUAUAUAUAUAUAUAUAUCUCAAUCAUCUAGGGUGGCAAGACAUAGCCUUACAUAUUACAUGCGACAAUAUAUGGUGCAAUGACUUUUGGGGCUGGCAUAGAUUUUUUUUCCAGGGCUGCUUUGGAAUCCCCAGUCCGGCCCUGACUGACACACAAAUACUAACAGAUUUGCACAGAUGCAUAUACUAACACACAUGCACAGAUCCAUACACUGACACAAACAAACACUGACAGGUAUGUCCCUAUUUCUACACUGACACACUCAAACACUGACAUGCAUAAAUGCAUACACUGACACAUAUGCAUAUACUGACACACAAAUACUGGCACAUUUAGAAACACUUACCCUUUCUAUCAGUCCAUCCCUUUCGUGGCGGAACCUGACGGCACCACCUGCCCUAGUGGUCCAGUGCUGCAGUUGCUGUAAUGUGACAACCAAUGGCAGCAUGCCUUCCACCUUUGUGAGAAGCCUGUAAUUGGUCCACGUGAGACCCUGGCUAAUGUCAUGUAGGGGCGUGGAAGACAGUGUUUCAGGAUAUACUGGGGGACCUAAAUAAUAGUGGCCAAUAGAGUAAUUUAUGCAAAAAAAGAUCACCCAAAAAGGAUUGGAGUAACCCUUUAAAGAAACACUCCGAGCACCAAAACCACUGCAAUGUGCUGUAGUCUCCUGGUUCCCCACCAAUGUCAGUAAUCAAACCUCAUGCUUACAUUCCCAGCAUCCUCUCUUAUAGGAAGCUGUCAACUCUGAGCUAAGCCUGGUGGUACAGGGUUUAACAGAUUAGCAUUCCGCUAAUGUUCUCAGCCAGUGCCCAAUCCACUACGUUUUCCUGAACACACAUCAUUUCUUCAUGUUGAUGGGCAGCACAUGCACGUUGCUGUAUGUGGAACCCAUAUGCUGCAGGAUUUAGUGCUGAAUAAUCGCUUCUUUUUCCUACAUGAUUCAAUUCUACAUUCUACAGGCCAGCACCUUUCAUGUGCUGCUCAUCAAUAGGUACAGGUCAUGUGUAUCCAGCAAAGUGUGGUGGAUCUGGCAACCUUAGGUGUGUCCCAGGCUUUGUCAAGAUGUGUAAUUCUGAUAAAGGGCUCCCAGAUAAAAGUAAACAGGGAAGCACAAAAGACUGGGUCAACACACUGUUGAAUGUCAAUAUUAUUUUCAGCUGUUGGUUUUUAUACAAUACACUCCAGUGAUGGCUGGUGUUACUGUUGAAUUAACAUAUAGGAAAGAAUGUAGCAGACAUAUAAUAAUGACAAGGGCUAAAUUGAAAACCCUGACAGUGUUUCCCACGCAUGAUUAAUUAUCAUGCUGAUUAUAGGAGAGGAAAGUUUUACAUGAAAUAUUUUGUUGGGGUUUGGGAAGAGGGAAGAUUAACUCUUUCAUUGCUAGAGAGUGUGAUAAAAGGGAAUUUCUCAAGUAUAACACAGUAUACAAUUGGCAUCAUACAUUCACAUUAAGCUUUUUUUUUAUCUCCGUAAGUGUUACUCCAACAAAAAACCAUUGCAUUAUCAAAACAAUGUUUUUGGGUCAUUAGAGUAACCAUUACCUCCAAAUCAAAAAAGAAAGCAAUAAAGUAUUAACUUACAUUUGAUCUAACUCCAAGUUCUCCCUGCAGCCCAAUCAUCCUUUGGUGACACUGCAGGGAGAGUGACGUCCCGGAGGAUGGGAUGAGAAGAGGACUUUGGUGCCAUUAGCUGUCUGUCUCGCGCAUGCUCAGUUUGCGGACAACAGACACCCAAUAUGCACAGAAUUCAUAUUAGCUAAGCCGGAACUUUAGUUUCUAGCUGGUUAAUGAUGCUGCUGGAGGUGGAGGUGGUCAUAGUGUUUAGAGUAUAUUCUUUACCAUAAAGAGAAAUGAUAAAUUAUUCAUACAAUCACUUAAGGAGAUAUUCUUUCACUACUUACCCCAGUACAAAAGGCCUACAUUAUAACUUUUUUGAGAAUUACGUAAUUUCAUGAAAUUAAUAAACUGAACUAAAAUAAUAAUUUAAAUGCUCAAUUGAAGCAUUCAGUAGUUCUUGGAGCUCCAACUCUGAGGCUUUCCCAUCAAACGUAUCAAGUAGAGGAGUCUUGGGGAGGUUUCUAAAACCAGUCUGCUGCUUGUGUAGGAGUGGAUUGAUCAGAGGCUUCUGGAGACAAAAAAAGACACCAGUUUAUCAUCUGUGUCCAUCUUAACAGCCAUGAACUGGAGGAGAAUAGCACAGAAAUAGAGCAUUUUGUGCAUUUGAUGUCAGUAUACUCUGCAGUGAGUGUAAAUUUUAAUCCUGCUCACCUGUAAUGUCCAUGGUGGUUAAGGAUCCUUGAAGAUGGAGAUUAAUCCAGAAUGCAGAACAGACAAAAAGUUAGAAUAUCUUCAAAGGUUUGAGUGGCAUUUUUCACCAAGAACUCACCCUAGUUCGGGAGUGGAGUCCCCAGAAUUGCAUGACAGCAAAGCAUUGAAACGAAAAUAAAAACCUGACACUAGACUGCAGUUAGAACAAGAUCAAUUAUGAGUUGAUAAUAAAUCAUGUUUUAAAGAAACAUGAUUUAGGUUGUGACUGGUAGCUCACAGUCCAAGUCACAUACAGGCAUCAACAUAGGAAGAACAUUUUUUUUGGGGGGGUGGGGUAAGGAGGGAGGUGAGCCUUACGUAAUAAUCCUAGCCCCGUAUAUGAUCAAAGAGACCAGAUUUUCUAGGUGGAUUCAUCUCCCACACUCCCCCAGGUUCCUACACCCAUUUGUACAAGCCAGUGUCAUGUGUACAAAACAAGGGGCUGAGGUUGAUGUUCUGGUAAAAGCCACAGGUGUGACAGGUAGCUUAGGUUCAGACUAGAUUUGGGAACUAGAAAAAGUCAGCAACAGAAAAUCAAACAGAACACAGAAGAUCUGUAGGAAAAUCCCGCUUUACAGAGUGUGCUGUUUUGUGAGCUGAAACUAAAUGAAAAAAUAAUGAUCUUAUUGCAAGUAUCUGGGUUGGUGUAAUAACAAUGUACAAAGAGAACACAUGCAAGUUAUUCAUUUAGCAAAAUGUGUGAAUACUCCCAGUGAUCACACUGUCUAUCUAUCCAAAACAUCAUCCUAGCAGCCGAGCCAUAUGCUUCCUCGUUUUGUAAAAUAGCUUUAUUAGUUUAAUACAUAGUAAAAUGCUUGGAUCAUUUACUGGUUGUUCUUGCAUUGAAAACCAAAAAGAUGAGCAAACAUAACGUAGGAUUAGGUGGUAUAUCCAGAUCCAUAAAACACCCCAAAAACACAAGAAAGUUUAUUGGAAAUAUAAGAUCGUGGAUCUGGUGAAUUCCAAUGAGUUUUAGUUAUAAAAUAACUUUAACACAAAAAUGCGUGGAUCUGGCAGGAUCCCGCUAUAUUAUAAUAUAAAAUGCGUGGUAUAUAUAUAUAUAUAGAUCAUGUAGAAUUCCAUUGUGUUUCUAUGAAAUAUAAUGGAUCUGAUGAAAUCCAGCAAUUUUUCAUAAAAAAAAUACUGAUGGAUCUGUGUUUCAAUAAACAUUUGUUUGAAUAAAGAAUUGAGAAAUAGCACAAUGGAAAGCUGAACUUAUGAAUAAAUUGUGUGAUUAAUUAAAUUCUUCUUUGCGCAAUUCAUUCAUAAGUUCAUUCUUUAAAUUCAUAAAAUUGGUACCCUAAAGUGGGAUUACCAUAUUUAAGGGUAUCAACUUAAUGAGUUGUUGUGUUUAGUAGAUAGCUCUCUUAUUUGGUAUCCUUCAACAUGAAAACUCCACAUAAAUCAGGGAGCUGUCUACAAAAUAGACAUUGAACAUUAACAAAUGGUUUUACACGUAUUAUGACUAGAGGUGUACAGUGGGUAUUUUUUUUAAUGAGGCACCAUUAAAAAAAUAAAAAUCUCCUUACUGAUAAAAAAUUUGUAGAAAAAAAAAAUUAAACACAAUUUUUUUUGAUAACCACAAAUAUUUAUUUUUCAAAAAAACAUUAGUACACAGCUGUAGACAUUGGGGAGACAGGGAGGAAGGAAGAGACAGACAGAUUUAUGAACACAUCAUCGAAUGUCCUGCUCCAGAUUAACCCUAAUGCUCAUACAAUUAAUUUUGCAAUAAACCAGGCUAAGCAAUAAUUCCCAAACUGGACAGAAUUCACCUGGUCAUUACAGAGUUGGAGAUUGUACAUUCCAGUAACAUGGCUACAACUUUAUUAGGCACUUACCAAAGGUUAUUACAUAUAUUCAUCAAUUUUCCCUGUUAGAAAUAUGACUGGCGAUAGCAAUUUCUUUUUGUAUUUCAUAUUUCAGUUAAAACAUUUCUUUACAUUUGAUGUUUUUGUUCUAGUGGUGUUGAUCAAUUACUUUCAUUUGUUUGGUUCACAUUUAACAAAUGUUUAUUGAUGUCCCUCUAACAGAUACGUGUUCUGCACUGACCCUUACGACACUAUCGAAAACUAUCCAUGGCACUGUGGGAAAGCCUCUCCUUCUACCCGUUCAUUACAACUUCAACACCUCUACUUCUGGGAUUCAAAUUAUAUGGCUACUCGAGAGGUCUAACUUUCUUCCAAUAUACUUGGUCAACUCAAUGAAUCAAACAGUGGUUCAUGACCUGGAAUUUCAACACAAAUUCACUCUUCGUCCUCCAGAUGCCUCGUUGCUGAUACAUUCAUUAAAUUUUGCAGAUGAAGGGAACUACAUUGUAAAAGUAAACAUUCCAGGAAAUACAACUAUUUCAGCCACUCAAAAGAUUGAGGUUACUGUUAACGGUAAGUCCAUUAUUUAUAACAAUAUUUAAUGAUACCCCUUGUUGCAUCUAUUUCAAAAUUAAGAGAGUAAAGAAAGUCCAGGUCUUUAAUAGUGGUGCGAGGAGGGGAAGGGGAGGGGGGGUUGUGGCAGGGGCAUAUGUCCCAAGUGUCCCUGUUUGGGAGGGCCAGUCCCUAUUUUGGGUCCCUCUGUCCUACUUUUAUGUCCUGUUGUCCCUCUUUUCUAUGAGUUCUAUUUUGCUGGACAGAGCUCAACAGCAAUAAAACUCACAUAAUUGUGCCUUUAUAUUGCAAUAAAUGUGUUUGGAAAGCCUGUGUAAUUAAGAUACAUUGUUCUUGUUCAAAAUUAUAUUUUAGUUGCAUACAUUGUGUUUAAGAUACAUUUUUCCAAGACACCUUUUUAUUUUUUUUUAACUUCAUAAGCUUAUUAAACAUAAUUUUGUGGUGGUCGGGACACACUGUUUGAAAUUCUGGAGGUGGGGGUAAAAAAAACCUCACAAGAAAAAACAAAACCCACAAUCCUUUAUUUUUUUACAUUCUUUAUUUUUUAAAUGCAUUGAUAAACAUACAGGUUCGUGGGGCAUGUCAGCACAAUGUAAGAAAACAUCGAGCGAUGUAUAACAUGACAUGUACAGAAUUCUGCAUUAUUAUUUUUUUUGUAAGAUAAGAAUACAACUUUACAGACUAAACUCCCAUAUCUAAGGUUAACUAGAGUAUAAUAAAAUCUGGGAACAUAGCCCACCUCUAUCAAACAAAAUCUUAAUACAAUAAAACAGUAGAAAUGGACCUUGAGUAGUAUAUGAGAUUUUAACCACUGGGUUGCACAGGAACAUCUUAGGACUUAAGAGCAGGCAGAAACAAAAUUAAGAAGGAUGAGCUCCAGGUCAGUAUAAUAAUAUCCCAAUAUAUAACAUGAAUUAAGGCAGACUUGCUCCAGAGUAACGGGGCUGUCCACUUGCCUCAGUGAUCAGUGCACCUCAAGCUCGGAGAUCGGCCGCUUCACCCAGCUACCGAGCCACCAGACACGCUAGGCCACAGGUCUAGGUGAAGUAAGUACUCAAAGAAACAAAUCAAUUCAAAUCAAUAUUGUUGCAGGCUAUUGACAGAACAUUCUGCUGCCAGUUCCCUGUGAUUUCUGAGGGAAUUGUACACUCUUUAGGGGUAAUUUUAGCUUAGAUGUGGACGAGCUGAGGGAAAACACGUCCAGCCAUCUUGAGUGUGAGGCCCCGCACCCGAACCAACAAUCUUUUAAAGCCAUUUGCUUUUAAUGUAUUAUUUGCCAGACAUUUUGUGGUAUUUGGUAUGUACGAUGUGAUUUAGAAUGCUUGUCUUCUAGUCUUAAUGUAACAGGGAAUACUAAACAAAUAAAGAAAAGUACAAACUCUGUGAAAGAAACAUCUAUCGGUCCAAGACAGCCUGAUAUUAUGAAGAUGUUAUCUUACAUUGUGAAUUCACAAUUUAUGCAGUAUGCAGGGAAAAAAAUACAUGCAUUAUAUUAGUUUUUGAAAUAACAUUUCUGUCUCUUUCAAAUUUUAAAAUUUAUAUCAGGUGAUGUUCUCAGGGUUAUUCACUAAAGUGAGAGUUAAAAGUGAAUUUAAAAUUCAAACAAAAGUAGAUGAAUUGAAAGUAUAGUUGAUUUGACCUUAAGUUUCUAAAUUCACUUUGAAUGCUCAUUUUAGUUAAUAACCCUGUCUGUGUGUUUAGAGUUUCCAAUACAGAUUGCAUAGUAUGCAUAAAGUAGAUUCAACCAGUUCAGCUUUAUUAAUUAUGGUGAAAGAGUUAAAUCUGAGGCCAGUGUUGUCUCAUAACAAUAGCUGUCACUGUCAUUAGUUAACAGUGUUUUUUAGACUAUACCCUCAUUGCAACAUGCACUGAAUGAGUUUAAUGGAUUGCAUCCACAGUAUAACCGAUAAUUACGCCCAAUAUCAACACUCACUAAUGAAUAGAGAAAGUAAUUUUAGCAGCAUCCUCGGAAGGCAUAAAAUGACGUUUCUGAGGUUGGACAUGGAGUCUACAAGCAGGGAUAACUCCUCUAAGUGCUGGAUAGGCUAUAUUUAUAAAUAUUAAGGCUAAAGGGGCAAUCUCAGCACUAUAACCACUACAGCUUGUUAGCUGACCCCUCCCAGCAUGUUUAGCCUAUCACCGCAGAUCAACAUUGACCAGGAAAACAGGGAUUUCACUUACACAUAAACAGAGAUGCAGCAGGGGUAUUGACUAUAGGUGGUGGGAAAAUCCAGUCUUUUUUGAAUUUACAUUUUUUUUUUCAAACCUAUCCAAAAUGGAGACGGUACCCAAGGAUUCUUUACGCCAUAACUACUACAAUUAACUGAGUAAUAUGAAAUAGAAAGACCCCCUAUCAACAGAAACAUGACAUUGUAGUUACGAAACAUUGUUCAUAAUAGUAUAAAACAAAAAAAAAAUUUCCUUAAGAUUUUUAACAAUUUAUAGAUAUACAAAAAUAUAGAUAUAUUUUAGGUAUAUCUAUAUUUUUUAUAAAAUUGGUCAGUAAGUCCAAGCAACUAAAUAAUGAUGUGUCCAAAUGAUGCCCCCAGUGUAGUCUCUAUGUCAAUGGUAUGCAAACUUAGAUAUUGUGGACUACAUCUCUCCUGAUGUUUUGCAAGCAUUAAGGCUGUAAGAGCAAUCUGAGUGAUGUAAUCCACAACAUUAGGAGUUCUGAAGGUUGCUUACAGGUGGUUAUUCAUUAGAAUCCGUCUAAAUGACAUAUUUCUGAUUUAUUCUUCUGGACUGAAAGAGGUAGAUCCUGGAAACUUGCACUGUUGGGUCACACAAAGGACUAUGUUUGAGAAUCGUGGUCAAACGAUUAAACAAAGGGGCAUAUUUACUAAGGCACAAAAAUAACAGCAUUAGAUACAUGCAUAACAUAAAACGUGGGAAAAUAGGUACUUUUUAAGAUGUUAUUAUAAUGCCCGAUUUUAUAUUUAAGGUGAACAGCUUCUACACUUAUGCACUAAUAAAAACGAGAGUAAAUAAAGUGAAAACGGUGUAGCGCAAACAAAAUGUGUCAUAAAGUUGAAAAUACCUUAUUUGUAUAUAUCUUGCCUUUUUUUUAGAUAAUAUGUACAUGAAAAAUAAAACAAACAUAAAAAACAAUAGUGUAAUUCUGUUAAUAAAUAAGUAGAACAAUGAAGGUGAAAUUGGUCUCAGUGACUGCCAACUCACACAUACCAGAGCCAAUUAGACCUGUGUGUGACUUUAACAGUCUGGAGGACAUCUUCCCUUUUUAAAAAAAAAUUCUUUAUUGUUGGUUUGACAGCCGGUACAUUGCAUAUCAACAAUGGUCUAAGACAUAGAGCAUUAUAUAUGGUACUUUGCAGUACGUUAUCCAUCAGUUGUUUAUUUCUUCUGGAGCAUAUUUAGUUCCUAAGCCACCAAAGUUUUUUUUUUUUUUUUAAAUUGUAGCAAAAAAGAAAAGUAAAAACAUAACCUAGAAACUUUUAAAGAUGAGCUAAGCUAUUGAAUAACACCAAACACAGGGGCAGGUUGGGAUUGAGGACAGGGAGGCUAUUGCCCCCCCAGGUCACCGUAAAUCAUUUUCAGAACUAUGCAGGCGGCUCUCUAAUUAAGCGGUCUAGGCGGCCGCAUAAGGCCUUGCGGCCCCCUAAACCGCCUUAGGGUAGACUGUGUCGGAUCCUCGGUCACCCGACACCAGGAGGGGGCCAUGCGGCUUGCUCAGUAUGUCCACUGGAUUACGAGGGAGCCCACAUUGGACCACCAGGGAAUGACAAAAGGUAUUUAGUCCCCCCUCCCUCACACCAUCACCCACCUCCCUCACACAAUCACCCACCUCCUACACAUUAUUAACCCCCCUUCCUUCACAUCAUCACCCCCUCCCUCUCACCAUCACCCCCUUCCCUCAAACCAUCACGCCCUUCCCUCCCACCAUCACUAUUCAUUAUUUUUGUUUAAUUUUAUACUGACACAGAUACAUAUUAUCAGUGCCACACAUACAUCAUAAUACAGAUACACAUACACACUGACACACAAUUUAACACAAACACACACAAGUCAUAAUUAGCAUAUUUUUAGACACACCACGCUUCCAUACUAUUUGGGUGCACCAGUGUGGCUUCCCUGGAGUCCAGAUCUGGCUGAGGCUGAUGGGAGUUUGGUCCAGACUCUCUGCCCCUCUCCUCUUUUCCUCCUACUUGCUUUCCCUGCGCACUGACCCCACUUCCAAUCUGACAUAGACCCGGUCUCGCUACUAAAGAGACACUAUAGACAUCUAUAUAUUCCUAAACGAAUAGUACCCUGUUAGCCUUAUAGGUUGCCGGCCCCUCCUCCCCAGGCUGAGGAAAAAAGUUUUACUUUCUUUCACACUGCCAUCCUUCCUCCAUGGCAGCUAGCUGGCUAGGGAGGCUAGUGCGAAUGUGCAGAAAAAUGCUAUGCUGCACCAAUCCGAUUGUCUAUGAGACCAUCUGAUAGACAUAGCUGUUUUAUAAUAGAAAUAGCUGACUGUAUAAUAAAGAGAGAAUUUAAAUUGAGACUAAAUGAAAAGAGAAUACGUGAAUGGGGAAGAAAUAAAACAAAGGGAGAAGGGUAGGGUUCACUGAAAUGUAGAUUAACCAGAGAGACCAACACACAGGUUCACAGUAUCUGCUCAGCCUAGUCAUGAAAUCCAGUCUGAGUCGAAAGAUGUCACAGUAUCAUUAACCGUAGCAGUGAGACGCAAGGAUCCAUUUUGUGUACGAGCCCUACAUAAAUCCAGGCUUAACUUGCAAACACAUGUAUAUAACUAUCUGCCUCUUGGUUAAUAGGGCUUAUUGAAACUGAUAAACAUCCUCUCCGUUCCCUAGGACAACAUACCCUGGCUCUGCAAUCUGGCACAUUUAUAAGAAAUGUGUUCUAAAGGCGUGUCUGGCGUCUGAUCUACCUCCUACUCUGCACUUUUCCUUGAACGUAGAAGGAAGUAUGAUGAGGAAAAAAGAAUAUAUAUAUAUUUAAUAUAAUAUAACCCUUAACUUGGCAACCAGUAUAGUAAAUAUGCUAAUUGUUCCAUAGUUUUUGUCUGAGUAAAUUAUUGUGUCUGUUGAAUAAUUUCUCUGACAAAUAUGUAUCAUAGAUUAAAAGGGUGUGCAGGUACAGAAGGGCAAAUAGGCUACCUGUAGGCUUCUGUCUACAAGGACACCUGUCUAGAAACAAGUAUUUUUUCUUUUUGGAUUUUUUUAAAAUUUAUUUUAUUUUUUUACAUGUUUAGUCAUUUUGCUACAUAGCUAUUACAUCUAUUUUUUUGUUUGUGAAGGGUGUGAAAAAAUGUACAUCCAGGUUCUCUUGUUUCUUCUUCAAAUUAUCGAGUUAGCAACAGAAAAAAGUGACGUGUAAACUGUACCAGUGCGGAGUCAUGUAAUUUGAUAUUAUUGUUUGAUUAAAGGUUGAAUUUCCUUUUAGUUUUGGGGGGAAAGGAGGUGAAAAGUCUUGCACCUCUUGUAAUACAGGUGAUACUCAAAAAAUUAAAAUAUUGUGCAAAAGUUCAUUUAUUUCAGUAAUGCAACGUAAAAGGGGAAACUAACUAAUGAGAUUGACGCAUUACAUGCAAAGCAAGAUAUUUAAAGCUGUGAUUUGUCAUAAGUGCGAUAAUUAUGGCUUACAGCUCAUGAAAACCCCAAAUCCACAAUCUCAGUAAAUUAGAAUAUUGUGAAAAGGUGCAAUAUUCUAGGCUCACAGUGUCCCACUCUAAUCAGCUAAGUAAGCCAUAACACCUGCAAAGGGUUUCUGAGCCUUUAACUCCUUAAGACCGGAGGGCGUACUAUUACGCCCUAUUUUAGGCGGCUCUAAACGCCGCCGGGCGUAAUAGUACGCCCUGCGGUCUUUCUAUACUUACCCAGUCGCCGGCGAUCCCACGCCGGCGAUCGCGGUUGGGGGGACUCCCAGGGAGCCCACCGCGGCACGUCCGACCCCCUGGCAGCCCCCCCCGGCCAUGUGAGAGUGAGGUCUAUUGCAAAUGAUAUGCCAUUAUGGGUGUAAAUUUCUUUCCUGGGCUACUAUAAAGUCCCAAAGGCAACGUAACCAAUCUGGCGAAUUUCAAUUUCAAAUGUAACGUGCUAUAUUUGACCCUGUAACUUCCCAAAAUGCCAUAAAACCUGUACAUAGGGGGUACUGUUUUACACGUGAGACUUUGCUGAAUACAAAUAUGUGUAUUUUAUUGCAGUAAAAGCAAACAGUAUUAUGACAUUGACAGUUAAAAUGUCAUGUAGAACUAAAAAAAAAAAAAAAAUCUUAUUUUCUCCCAUUUUUUUCAUAUUAAAUUAUGUUUCAUAGCUAAAUAUUUGAUAUUAAAUGAAAGCCCUGUUUCCCCUGAAUAAAAUGAUAUAUAAUAAGGGUGGGUGUAUUUUAUAUGAAAGAGGUGUAUUAUGGUUGGACAGACAUGUAGCACAAAUGCCAGGUUUUGUUUACAUUUUGUUUUGUUCACAAUGUGUACAUUUGGCUCCGUCCUUAAGGGGUUAAAUGGUCUCUCAGUCUGGUUCAGUAGGAAUCACAAUCAUGGGGAAGACUGCUGACCUGACAGUUGUGCAGAAAACCAUCAUUGACACCUUCCAUAAGGAGGGAAAGCCUCAGAAGGUAAUUGUGAAGGAAGCUGGAUGUUCCCAAAGUGCUGUAAUAGACGUUAUGUGUACCUGGUAUUUUUUACAUCAUUUUGUACCUGGUAUUUUUGCUGCUUCUCUUAAAAUACCAGUUUUAUUUUUGUUUUCAAAUCUAUGAGAAUAGACCCGAAGACAAAUUAUUUUUGAGGUUUCACUUUUGUUUUGGACUGAUAAAGGAAAGGACAGCAAAACAGCCACCUCCACCAUAGUAUUUAGCUGUUAUUAUAUUUAUACAAACACCCCCCCUACCCUGGCACUGAUAGAAAACGGAACCCUUUUAAACAUUGUGAUCAGAGACUGUGCUCUAAAAAGGGUUUUAUAAAAGCUCCCUGCCCAAAAAUGCUGUUUUACAUAAUCUAUUUUAGAGAUUGGACAGGACUUCUCCCCCUCAAACUUUAGGUUACUAAAAAGAGGCAGGCUAAAGCAUAUUGCAAAAUAAAUAAUGUAAAAUGCAAUGAAGUGGUCUGGGUGCCAGGUCCAUCUAGGGUUAACCCUGCAGCUGCAGUUUAGGGUUAAUCCAGCCUCUAGUGGCUGUCUCAUUGACAGCCGCUAGAGUCGCUUCCGCGUUUCUCACUGUGAUUUUCACAGUGAGAAGACACUGCCGUCCAAAGGAGAGCAUUGAGAAAUGCUUUCCUAUGGACUGAUUGAAUGCGCGUGCGCCUUUGGCAGACAUUCGGCGGAUGACGUCGGAAGAGGGAGGAGAGUUCCCCAGCGCCGAGGAGUACUUAGGCCCUGUCCCUCCAUGCAGUGUUAAACCACUGUCCCACAGCCCAGCUACAUUGGAAGUAUGGCUAAGACAGUGAUUAAACACUUCGGUUCAGUUGUACAAAAUCAUAUCCGCAAUGGGUGCUUUGAUAGACUGAAAGUGGUCAGCUGACACUCUUAGCCAAUCGCAGCUGCUUUUUGCUGGUCAGGCUAAUGCUUCACUAGCCUAAGCAGCACAGUGAUGAUGGGAUGUUGGGGACUCUCGUUUAGCCUUAAAACAUUAGAAACAGUUUGAUGCUGAAUGGAAGGAUGGACACUAUAGCAACUUCAUGAGUUGAAGUAGUUACAGUGCGUAUAGUGUCACUUUAAAGCAGCCAGAACCUGUAGGUUGUUAUUGGAUCUGCUAUAUUUCAUUAAUUAAUUCUUAUAUAUUAUACUUAUCUAUUAUUAUUGCUUGCUCAUAGAUUUGUAUUUCAAUAUUUUAUUAAUUUUCAAGAAAGAUAUAAGGAAUUAAAAGAAAGAUAAAAUAAGACCACAGUAAUUCACAGAUAUCAGGGUUGUCAGGGAGACACGCAGGUCUCUAAAUUAUUUCAAUUUGUUUAGGCCACGCAGGGUCUCCAUGUAAGGCAAAUCAUACAGGAUGCAACAAUCCUAUACAUAUUUCAAAAUAAACUCGACACACAAUGGUCUCUGCUUUCUUGCUCAUAGAUUGGUAUAAAAAAUGUUCUUUGAUAUUUGCUUUUAAUAAUACAGCAUAAAUACUAGGAACUGUACAUAUGCUUCAUUCCUAAUUCUGAAUGUAUGACAGCAACAUGACAAAAUACAGAUUAAGGAACAGAGCACACAGAAAAAUGCAGGUUAAAAUUUUAUAAGGGUACCCAAAAUCACAUAUCUCAGCAAAUAAAAAUGGGGAUUCAGGUCCACCAUAUGGCAAUAUUUAAUAAAGCCUACCACUAUGCCACAGUACCCCAAUAUCGGUAGGUCCUACGCUAAUUUUAAAUAAAUAGUGCUAGUGCUAAAUUAACUUAAAUAUGUAUUUAACUGAUCUUUUGGAAGAGCAUUGUGAAUAUAUAACACAAAAUUAAAGUGAUAAAAACUGUUUUAAAAAAAUAUAGUGUUGAAACUAAAUAAUCAAAGUGGUAGUACAUUUUAUAUACUGUAUACUUACAAUGCAUACCAUAUAUGUGCUCUAUAUCAAAUAACAAUUAUUAUUAAUGUGUCAUGGCUCUACAAAACCGCCUCAAAUGUAUACCUUCCUGUGGUCACCUCCAAAGAGGCAUCUGAAGCUGGAGGGUGGGGCGGGGUGCUCAACCCAAAAGGAAUCUGAUCUAUACUCCAAAAAUACAUAGAAAAAUUAGGGAAUGCGGGCACACCCAGAACAUGCAUUUCUAAGCAGUGGUCCUGCCGUAGAGACCAAAUUUUACAAGUUAUACAUUUUUUAAGGCUACUUAAAAUCACCUAUCACAGCAAAUAGAUAUGGGGAUUUAGUUCCUCCAUAUGGUCAUACCAUGUUAAGCCAACCGCUACGCCACAGUAGUGCCCCCAAUUCCCUCUUUGUUCUAUAAUCAACAUGACAAUGAGACAAUAAUGAUGUGUGAUUAUGAGAAAUAUCAAUACUCAAUCUGAUACUCUGUCCAUGUGCAGCAGAUCUUUAAUUCCACAUUGUGAAUUCUAAUUGGUCUAAUAUUAAAAAUAUGUGAAAGAUUCUAGUAUGAAUCAUAUAUAAUAUUUUUCUAACUCCGAAAGGCAAAAUAUGUUUUUCUGUUCUCUGAUGAAUUGAUGAUGUGUCUAAUCUAAUAUCUCUCUCUAUUUUAGUUCCAGUUUCAAAGCCAAUUGUCCAAAGUCAGCCGUCUCAUGAAGUGGUGGAACGCGUGGGAAACAUUACAUUUAACUGUUCAGUGACAAAUGGAAAUAGGGUAACAUUCCAGUGGCUGAAAAAUGGAAAUCCGCUACAGAGCAGCCCGAGGUAUACAUUUACCAAGAACAAUGCCACGUUUAUUAUUUCUCCUGUAAUGAAGGACGAUGUCGGAAAUUACAGCUGUUCUGCCAGGAAUCCUGUCAGUGAGAUGGAGAGUGAAGCAAUUGCACCAACAAUAUAUUGUAAGUAGCAUGACAACAUUGAUUUUAAUAGCAGAUCAGAGCCAAGUGGCCCAUCUCAUCUGCCUAUGAAAUCUCAGAUUUGAUUUGUUCUUCACAAUAGUCUUACACACAUCCUCAGCUUUAUUCUAUUAAUUUACUAUGUUAGCCGAUAUUGCUUCCAUUGGAAUACUCCUCAACAAAUCUACUACAAUGUCUGUAAAAUGGCAUUUGCUUUUCUUAGUCGAACGUCUUCCAACUUCAACACACAUCUUCUUGUUCUGUUACUUAUUUGGAAAUGGAUGCUAAGUGACUAGAGCCAUUCUGGAGAAAUAGCACUACUUUUCUCUAAUGCACACAUUAAAGGAUCACUAUAGGGUCAGGAACACAAACAUGUAUUCCUGACCCUAUAAUGUUAAAACCACCAUCUAGCCCCCCUGGACCCCUCAUGCCUCCAUAAAUAUAGCAAAAUCUUACUGUAUUCAAGCCUGAAGCUGUAGAUCUGCAUGUUGUUUUCCUCAGAAAAACAAGCUGUCUGCUGACGUCAUAAGACAUGGUAGCCUGAUCCAAUCAAAAUGCUUCCCCAUAGGAUUGGCUAAAACUGACAAGGAGGCAGAUCAGGGGCAGAGCCAGCACAAUUCAAACACAGCCCUGGCCAAUCAGCAUCUCCUCAUAGAGAUGAAUUGAAUCAAUGAAUCUCUAUGAGGAAAGUUCAGUGUCUGCAUGCAGAGGGAGGAGACACUGAAUGUUUGGAUGCAUUUUAGGCAGCCAUGACCCAGGAAGGAUCUCUAACAGCCAUCUGAAGAGUGGCCAAUGAAGUUAUCACUAGGCUGUAAUGUAAACACUGCAUUUUCUCUGAAAAUACAGUGUUUACAGCAAAAGGCCUGAACGGAAUGAUUCUACUUCUCAGAACAAAUUCAAUAAGCUGUUGUUCUGUUGACAAUAGUGUCCCUUUAAUGUUAUGUAUCUUUUAAAUAAUUUUUUUUAAACUUAGAUUAAUUUAUUCUAUUUUUCUGUAUCCUGUUUGUACCAAUACAUUUUACUACAGCACCUGCACUUCAUAGCCUGUAGAUUAUACCUGGAUUCUACUGUGAGCGAAUGCAGAUGCCUUUUUAGGGUGCUCAUGCCUGGGUGUGAUUACCGUGAGUUACACGAGUGCCACUCUAUCCCGUCAACCACUUGUAUCUUCAGUGAUAUCUGAGAAAGGAACAUGAAAUGUCCCCACUCGUGUUCUUCGACCCUAGACCCAUGAAUCCUAUGUAAAACCCAAGACCACGAGGAAGGGUUCCCCCCCCCCCCAUUUGCUAUUUUUGUCUAAAGGACAUUGAUUGCACUCCUUCUAUUUUGACCUCUGUUGUCCCGCAUGUAUAUUGGUCUUUGUUUCUUUACUGUAAAAUAAAGAGUGUUAAAAAAAAUAUAUCAAAUGGUUGUCAACUCACUGUUUAGUAAAUGAAUGCCAUAAUGUAAAACAUUACCUUGGAUUCUGUACCUGACAGUAAUCUUCUUGGCUGUAGAACAUUCUCAUCUAUAUAUUGUCAAUAACAUGUUUGCAAUAACUCAUUUUGCUUCAGGGUUUUAAUGUGCCAUAUGCCGAGACUGCGGGGGAGAACAGUGAUAAAAAAGGUCUCUAGCAGUAAGUACCUGCCAUCUGCUCUCAUACCAAAUAGAUGGCAGUCUAAUGUUGACAGGACAAGUCAGGAAAGCAAAGGUAGCAGUGAAAUCUUCAUGGCCCAGGUGAUUUAUGGUUUUACAAGCCAUUUGGUAAACACUCAUAAUUGAAAGAAUAUGUUCAUUUAUGUAAAGAGCUUAUCUCUUACUAAGGAGGAGAUAAAUGGGUGGACACUCAGGGUAUAUUCAUAACCCACCCCCCCUUUUUUUAUACGUAAAAUAAAUGUUUAUUGCCUAUCUAAGCAAGAUGCUCAUUUCAUUGUAAACAUUGUAUUUAUUACAUAUUAAUCCAUGUAUAACUAAAAUUGCUAAUGAUACCAAUACAUAUAAAUAUAAUUUAGAUAACGUUACACGUAUGACAAGACUUUGUAAAUAUAUUCCUAUGUACUUUAUAUAAAAGAAGUAAAACUACCACAACAAGAGGACAUAGUCUUAAAUUAGAGGGGCAAAGGUUUAAAAAUAAUAUCAGGAAGUAUUACUUCACUGAGAGGGUAGUGGAUGCAUGGAAUAGCCUUACAGCUGAAGUGGUAGAGGCACAGCAUACCUAGAACAUUUGGCACCCGGGGCGGGUCCUAUUUUUGGCACCCCUCCACCCACUCCCCCCAACUUUAAAAUGUAAAAAAACAACCGCAAUGUUUAAAAAGAAUGUAUUUAGCACUAAGCAAUGUUCAUGCUUUUAAAUGUAAGUGAGUGUUUGAGUGAAUGUAGGGUGUGUGUCUGUAUGUUGUGUUGGUGUUUGAAUGCAGGCAUGCAUGUUUAUGUAGUGUGGUUUUUGAAUGCAGUGGUGUGGUUAUAUAUAAUUGUGGAGUUUGUAUGUAGUGUUGACGUUGAAAUGCAGGGGUGUAUAUUGUGUGUAGUGUUGGCGAGAUUCUGAGAUGUAUGCACAUAUACACAUGCACACACAUAUAUACACAGUGACACAUAUGCAGAUACAUAGACACACAGUCACACACAGAUACACAGACACACAUGCAGACACAGUGUUGACUCUAGGAACACUAUAUAGGGGGUGGGCACAUAAGAUACCACAGUCCAAACUGAGGGGGCACUAAAACGUUUCACUAGGGGAUGGGGUAUACACACAAUAACACAAUAGGUGUAUGUCUGUGUGUGUAUAUUUGUGGUUGUGUGUGUAUAUAUAUAAAAAUACACACACACUUAACUACACAGAUACACACACAAUCACACACAUAAACGCAGACAUACACAAACACACUCACAGACCCACAGACAUACAAUCACAUACAUAUAAUUAGAUAUACACAUACAAACACACAUUUAAUGAUUAUGAGGUCCACGCAGCCUCCUUACCUUGCUCUGGGAAGGCUGGACUGUAUCCUCAGUCCCUGGUGGUCAGUGGUUGCUGCUGGGAUCUCUGUCCUUUGCACACCCUGUAAUAGGACGCCGAUGCCUGGAUGAUGUUAUAUGCCGGCUCACUGCAGGGCGAAGACAGUCAGACAAAGUCAGAUGUACACAGUUAUAUACAUAUACUGUCAAAUACAGCCACAUACACAGUCCCAGACACAUAGUCACUCGCACACAGUCAAACACACAGUUAAAGGCAGACAGUCACACACAAACAGUUUAAGCAAGCUUAGGAUAGGCAUAGGGCUAUCUUAGCUAUAAGAUAAGGCCAGGGAUUAAUGAAAGUAUUUAGCCGAAUGGCUCUUAUCUGUCAUCACAUUCUAUGUUUCUAUACUUUAUAAUUCAGAAUGUUAAAGUACUGUCCUCAAUCCCAGCAAUGGCUUAAAUUACCAUCUACCAUCAGUAAUCAAUAAUCAAUAAUGAUUUCUGUUGUUUGGUCGGGUCUCAUGCGAAACUUAUCAAAGAGCUCAUGACCCAGAUUUCACUGCCCUUUUUUCUGCAGGUAAAGUUAAAAAAAAACAUUAUCAUGCUGAAACCAGGUGUAAACCAUGACAUCACUGUUAAUCUUGCAAUGUCAGGCUCGAUUAGUUAAUAUCGCAAGACUAUUCAAAUGCAUUAAUGAUUCUAGCAGUUGACAGGUGUCCCUUUUAUCAUAUUAUGUUCCAUAUGGACAUUGCAAUGUGUAUGUUUCUUUCAGGUACUUUGAAAUUGACAUUUCAGGAAUUGCGCAUACAGUAUUUGUUAUGUUAUUGAUUGCACUGUGUUAUGUUGUAGCUAGAGUGAUUAUUCGUCCUUUAAUUGGUGCACUUGAUUAACAACAAAUCUUUAGUUAAUGUUGCUUGUACACGUUACCAAUGUUUGUGGUGUUCUGUUUGUGUGCUUUGAAAGGUAAUGAAUUUGCCAAGUUUUUCGAAGGUCAUGUUAAAGUGUCUACAGAUCAUCUUUAGGUGGAUAGUGAAACUUGAGUGUGGAAACAUCAGUGCAUAACGUAAGGCCUUGGGCCCAUUUUCACUGAUUUGGUAAUUGUAAUAGAGUUGACAAAAAGUAUGAAAAUAGUGGUAUUGUCAUCGCUUCAGUUAUGUAAUUGCUUCAGUUUUGAGCAGCAGCUGUUUAUAUGAUGAUAAAUGUCAGGAAUUAGAGUGUAAGUUCCUUGUUUUUUUUUUCAUUUGAAAUUUUUUUUAUUGUUUCUCCAAAGUUAAGUGGGGUGGGGUACAGAAAGGAAGAAGGGAAGGGGGGAACAAUGGGAACAUCUGCAACAUAUUAUCUAUUCCAAUAACUGGACAGUAAUAUUGUCUAUCUAUUUGUCUGGCAGAGGUUGGUUGUUCUUUGUUUGGCGACCCAUUAUUUACCAUGUCGCAGUGCAAAAACCAUUUCACUUCACUUGAGUUUAAAGGGACACUAUAGUCACCUGAACAACUUUAGCUUAAUUAAGCCGUUUUGGUGUAUAGAACAUGCCCCUGCAGCCUGACUGCUCAAUACUCUGCCAUUUAGGAGUUAAAUCCCUUUGUUUAUGAACCCUAGUCACACCGCCCUGCAUGUGACUUGCAUAGCCUUCCAUAAACACUUCCUGUAAAGAGAGCCCUAUUUAGGCUUUCUUUAUUGCAAGUUCUGUUUAUUAAGAUUUUCUAAUCCCCUGCUAUGUUAAUAGCUUGCUAGACCCUGCAAGAGCCUCCUGUAUGUGAUUAAAGUUCAAUUUAGAGAUGGAGAUACAAUUAUUUAAGGUAAAUUACAUCUGUUUGAAAGUGAAACCAGUCAAUCAUAGCCAGGGGAGGUGUGGCUUGGGCUGCAUAAACAGAAACAAAGUGAUUUAACUCCUAAAUGACAGUGAAUUGAGCAGUGAAAUUGCAGGGGAAUGAUCUAUACACUAAAACUGCUUUAUUUAGUUAAAGUAAUUUAUGUGACUAUAGUGUUCCUUUAACAUUUCAUAUUUGUUUACAGUUAAUUUGGGUUACGCAAUUUCCAUGUGACCCAGAUGUUCCAUGUUUCCAUGGUUAGUUUAGUGGAGGGAAAUAUCGAUAUAAGUCUUGUUUCAUAAUUUUUCUGUAUAAUUUCCUUGUUUUUAUUUUUCUUCUUAGCAUUUGAACUUCUCUAGAGUGUGAAACUGACUCAAUGCCAAACUUUGUUCUGUUCACACAGAGUUAUUCACGAAAGUGUGAAUUGUUGGUAAUUUAAAGUAAUUCAAACUGAAUUUCAAUAAAAAAAAAAAAAAAAAAAGCCAAAGUAGCUGAAUUGAAAACAUAGUUGACUUGGAGAUUGUAUUUAUUUAUUUUUUUACAUUCUAGCUGUUUUGUCACAAAAGUUUAAAUUAACUUUUAAUUCAUUACAAAUCACUCUUUAGUGGAAAGCUCUGACAAGAGUUGUUGCCAGGAAUUUAGCAGGAAAUCACAGAUUUAAGGCUGAACAAAAAAGUCUCUUCAAAUCAACUAUGUUUCCUGGUCAUCCAUUUUUACCUAAAAUUUACAUUUCUUUGGUAAAUGCCUGACAAAUCAUAGUUUAGUAUAUAAAUGUGUCUGUCGCGGCAACUUACCUGCGCUACCGUUUAGUUUUGUGUUUCCCAUUCUUAAACCUUUAAAGGAACACUAAAGCAUUAGUAAUACAAAGCAUAAUUCCUAACAUUUUAGUAUCCAUGUCCCUAUGUAUUUUCAGUGUUCCUCCCCGUGUACAGUAAAAAAAAAUGAAGAUAAUUAAUAUUUUACUUACCUUUUUUCAGUGCUGGGGUUCCCUCAGAGCUGCUUACUUCUCCUCCUCCCACAACAUCACGGAGGGAACAUGGCCUACUCUGCUGAUGUCCAAUACAUUGUUAUUCAUAGAGGAACAUUGGGGACCCGAUGAGCAUGCAUGGCGAGCGCUGUGUGUGCAUCAAACCUUCCCCAUAGAAUGGCAUUGAAUCAAUGCUUUCCUCUGGGGGCUUCCAUGUUACGUGACCGAGUUUUACUUGGUUAGUGCUGAAGAAGUGCCUCUUCUGGCUGCUAGUAUGAGUAUUUAAUCCUGCAAUUUAAACAUUGCAGUUUAAAAAAAAACUGCAAAGUUUUAAAUUGCAAAGUUAAACGUACAGGACUACUGCACCCAGAACUUCAUUGAGGUGAAGUGGUCUAAGUGGCUUCAGUGGUCCUUUAAUAUAUACAACAAUUGUACAGUUCUCCUUUUGUGCACUUGAAAGCUUUUUCAAAUGAAUAUUUUUUUUUCAAAUUGGCAAAUAAUCCUUUUUUUAAAAAUAUAUAUAUAUUACACAUUUAAUUCACUUUUACUAUUUUUACACAUGCACUUCAAAUUUUUAAUCUUUCUAAUUUUUCUUUUACUCUUAAUCUAACACUUGCAAUGUUUCGUACCAAAUGAGAUUAUUAUGUAAACAUUUUUUAUCUAUAAAAACUGCAUUAUAAAUAUGAUUUAAUAAGCAGUUUGUGAUUGUUACCAUACAAUCUGUGCUUCCCUUUCAUAAAUGACUUCACUUACAAGCCACAUAGUGACCAUGGUAUGUAGAUUCAUACUUUGAAAUGUUGAAUUGCAAAUUUGCCUUAUAUCUUAAAUAAUAAAAAACAAUAACAAAAAAAAUAUAAUCAAAUUUUCUAGAAAAAAAUGACACGUGCUACUUUAUCGUUCUCUCUGCCAGUUUGCUGUGAUAUCAGUGCAGUGAUAUUAGUGAUCUUACCCUGUGAUUCUGAUUUGGAGUACAUGCCCCACUUUUCUUUAUUUUCCAUGUUGACACACAAAUCACCAAAGUCAGCAUUAGGGUCAGAAGAUAAUGCUCCAGCUGUAGGAUCUCUGGGUUACAGGAUUGGUUCCCAACAAGGUCAGCAGCCAUUUAUAUUUCCAUAGUCAACAAACACUCUAAGCACCAAAACAACACAAUUAUCUCUACAAGCUUAAUGAAGCAGUUUAGUGUAAAGAUUAUGCACUUGCAGUUUCACUGCUCAAUUUUCUACCAUUUAGGAGUUAAAUCACUUUUCUUUUUGUUUACGCAGUCUAAGCCACACAUACUCUGGUUGUGACUUGUGCUGCCUGCAUAAAAAUGUUUGAUUUUCAAUUAGUAAAGGGUGUUUAAUUUAGAAGUUUUUUUAACUCCUGCUCUGUAAGUUGGUCACACAGGCUCUAGGAGGAGAUAAUAAAUUAUAAAUGAAACAGACGGUGUAAUAAAGGAAGUUUAAUCAUUAGAGCUCUCUUAACAGGAAAUGUGCAGAUAAACUGUGUAGGCCAAAUGCAUUCAAUUCUGAUAAUGUCACCAAGGAGGUGGGGCCAGUGCCAGAGUAUGGUCCUUUCUAUAAUGCUCAAGCAUGCUUCCCUAUUUAAUUUGAAGGGAUGCCCACUGAAAAGACUCUUAUUUAUCAGGUAUCGAUUGUGGCUGAUAGCGGGUUCCUUUUUAUACCUAAAUGCAGAAUAGAUAGAAAAUAUGUGUGGUGCAUAUUCUGGGGUCAGGGGGCAUGUAAUGUUUGGUAUUUAGCAUGCCAAAUGGUUGAUUUAAUUCUUGUACUUGGUAAGAACAUUUCCCAUAGUUGGUACUUAGGAGUGCAUUAGGGGUAAGUAUUAGGAAAUUAGUAAUAAACGUAAGAUUGACCAAAUCUGUUACUGGAGAUAAUUGAUUUGAUACUUUUUUUCACUGCGGGUUGUGUUGAUUUUAAUCAUAGAAAGUGUGCUUUCAAUUUUUUUUACAGACCGCCUUCUUUACAUGCCAUAUAUUAUACACAACAACCUUUGUUGCUCUGUUAAUUUCUUCUUCUUUGUGUUGGACAGAUGGACCUUAUGGACUUACAGUGAGUUCGGAUAAAGGACAUAAAGUAGGGGGAGUCUUUGCCGUUAAUAUUGGAGAGUCUGUUCAGUUUGAUUGCUCAGCUGAUUCUAAUCCUCCAAUCACAUCUGAAUGGAUACAGAGGACAGAUAACACAACAUUGAUCAUCAAUAAAGGCCCGUAUUUUAAAAUCUUUUCCUACAAAGGUGGUGAAAAGACAAUGGAUUAUUUGUGUCGAGCAUACAACAACGUAACUCGGAAACUAGAUGAAACACAAUUCACUGUCAUAAUUACAUCUAAAGGUAAAAAACUCUCUAGCUUCCUGCUUCUACCUGUAUUAUGAAAUUUAUAUUUUUGGUAAAUGUUUGUAUUUCCUACUUUAUGUCUUUUUUUGUGUAGUAGUUAUCAGAUUGUUUUGAGUUAGAUUUUGUUACACAUGGGUAUGUGCUUUGUGUUUCCUCAAUUGAUGGCUGUUUCUUAUUACAGAUGGAUGAGUAAACAAGAAUAUAUUUUGUCUCUUUUGAGACACAGAUAAUUAGAAAAGCAAACUAAAAACAUACUCAAAACUGAUACUGCUCUACUGCUUAAAUACGCGAUAUAAUAAAAUAUUUUCCAGGUCCGCUUUCCCAAAUUGCACAUAUUCUUCCUUGUAGCUAUUUUUAAGGGAGCAUGGCUAAAAAAAAACUUCCACACAUGAUGUAUAGAAAACAUUUUUAUUCUGAACAGAAUAAUAUGUUAUAACCAGCUGCAGCGCUGGCCAUGGCUACUUAGUUCUAGACUAGAAUUCUUCCCACAUUACCUAAAAGACAGAUUGUGACAAGGUGCCUCAAACACAAUUCUAACAAUUAAACAGGCUGCUUUGUCUUGCAUACUGUGUUCAGUCAUUUAUUAUUUAAACAAACAAAUGUAGCAUGCUCUACUCACUGACAAGGGCUCAACGCACACUAUCCAGAUACAAUGCUUUGUGGUUUUCGGUACACUGAAUGGGAAGUGACAGCUGUACCAAUGAUGGACUCAAUCAGUACGUCAAAUGAAUAUCAAAUGUAACAAAACAGUAAAGUAGCAGGGUGCACAGAGUGAGUGUUUUACUAAUUUCCAUAAGGAUGUCAGCACCCUGUAUUAUAGCCAAAAGCCAAACAGAGAAAAGGACAUAUUAUUAUCCUCCCCUCCUCCUUAAUGCAACAUAAACAGGGUCUGUUUGCACAGCAGUAUCAGACAGAUAUCAUGUUAAAUCUGUUGCUAAACGCACAUGUUGCAAAAAUGCACAUAUGAGGCAUAGCAAUACAAGGAAAUUCAAAAAGAUGGAAACAACCAAAAACCAGUAAAAUGCUUAAUGAUAUAUUAAACUCAUUAUUAUUAUUACGCUCUUGGGAGAUGGUAGUUGAGGCGGGGAGGGGCGCCCAUUGGUCCAUAAGUAAGUAGUAAAACCAUUGCAGAAUGUUUUACUCUUUACCAUGGGGCACAAGGGAAUCCCUACAGGUCACUAUAGUUGUUAUGGAUCUUGGAGUGUCCCUUUGCUUCUAACUAUUAGCUAUGAUGAACUAACUAGCAGUUUGAAGCAUGUAACUAUGCAUAUUAUUGCUGCCCUGCUCAUCAUAUAGAGUGAACUUUGUGUAUCAAAUAUUAUUCUGAUCCAUAUUGUUGCUGAUCAUUAAACCUGGCACACAAUCUUUGGUUUGUUGAGCGCCAUUAUUUUGAUCUUCACAGACAUUGUCCAACCCUGUAAACCACGGAGCCAUAAACAUGACAAUUCGUUAAAAUAUAGUAUCAUUAAAUGAGCUAUUUUUCAUGUUGGCGUAGAUUCAUGUAAAAUAAUCUGAUCCUUGGAAACUGUAACAAAAACUUCCUCUUUUAAAAAACAGGGAACCGAAAACAGGAACUGGAGUUUAAUCUUCUGCAUAACAUAUAUUUUGUAAAGGACAAGCAAAGCUAAAUGUCUCAGUAAUCCACAGACAAAGAGCAUUAGUAUUGUACACAACACUCCAGCCCCAAACUCUACCCACAGCAAACCAGGAGAGCCCCAGCUCUAACCACAACACACCAUCACCAAUUAUCAUUCUUAUCUCCAAAAUAACCAGCACAAAACACCAGUCCUAUCCAAAACUCACCAGCACAGUGCAUCAGUUCUAUCCACCAAUCAACAACCAAAACACACCAGCAUAGACAACUAGCCCUAUCCAAUACACACCAGCACCAGUCCCCUCUAAUUAAUUAAUAUUGUUAGAUAGGUUUUGCAAUUAAUUUAAUAUCUCCUGAUAAACUUUUAAAAGUUGUUUUUCAAAAUAUAAAAAAAAUCAUAUUUAAAAAUCUAUCCGUAUAUGACAAAUAUCAAAACAUAUAUGAAUAUUAUAUUUUUAAAAAUAUGAAAUCAUUUUAAGUAUUAAAUAUUUUGAAAAGUUUAGAAAAAAAAUAUUACAUUGAGGCCAUUAUGCUUACUAUACAUACUGGCAUUGUUGAUUUUUUUUUUUACAUUUUGGUGGCAUUUUUUCCUAAAAUGCCAUCAUGUCCCUUAACCCCUUAAGGACACAUGACAUGUGUGACAUGUCAUGAUUCCCUUUUAUUCCAGAAGUUUGGUCCUUAAGGGGUUAAAGGAAAACUAUAGUCAACAAAACAACUUGAAGCAGUGAAGCCGUUUCAAUGCGAUCAUACCCCUGCAGUCUCACUGCUCAAUUCUCUGCCAUUUAGUAGUUGAAUCUUUUUGUUUAUGAGGCCCUAGUCACACCUCCCUGCAUGUAACGUUCACAGCCUUCCUAAACACUUAAUGUAAAGUGAGAUCUAAUGUUUACACAUAAUUACUUGCACAGUCUGUUUUAUUUAGAAUUCCGUAUCUCCUGCAGUCUUAAUAACUGGCUACACCUUGCAGGAGCCUUCUAUGUGUGAUUAAAAUUCAAUUUACAGAGCAGGAGAUAAAUAUUUCUAAAGUAAGUUAACAUCUGAUUGAAACUGAAACCAUUUAUUUCAUGCAAGCUGAGUCAGAAACAGCCAAGGGAGGUGUGGCUAAGGCAGCAUGGACAGAAACAUAAGUGAUUUAAACUUCUAAAUGACAGAUACUUGAGCAGUGAGGCUGCAGGGGCAUGAUCUAUACACCUAAACAGCUUCAUUAAGCUGCACCCCUCACACACAUUGCACCACACACACACAUUGCACCACUCACACUGCAUGUCUCUCUCACACACACCGCUUUCCUCAAACACACACACAUUGCACCCUUAACACACAUACUGCUUCUUUCACACACAUUGCACCCCUCACACACAUACAUACACUCUGCACCCCUCACAAACAUUGCACACCCCUCACACACACUGCACUCCACACACACUGCACUCCACACACACUGCACCCCUCACACACAUUGCACCCCUCACACACACUACACCCCUCACACACACUACACCCCUCACACACUUUGCAAUACACACACAUUGCACCCCUCUCACACACACACUGCUCCCCUCAUGCACACACACGCACUGCACCCCUCACACAUAUAUUGCACCCCUCACACAUACACUGUACCUCACACACUGCACCCUCAAACACACACACUGCACCCCUCACACACACACACAAUGCACCCCUCACACUGCACCUCUCACACACAGUGUACCCCCCACGCACACACUAGAUCCUCUACACACACACAUACACGCAAACUAGAUCUCCUAUAUUCACUCUGGAUCCUCCACACACACACACCUAUAGGCACACACCGCACCACCUACACAAACACUACAUUCCGGACAUACACACUCUAGAUCCCCUAUGCACACACUAAAUCCCCUGUAACUAAAUGCCCAAACACACAACAUUCCCUAAACACACUCUUUACAAUCAUAAACACACACUACAUCACCUAUACACAGAUAUUAUACAGCCCCUAUACACACACUUGCUACGUCCCCUAUACACACUAUGCCCUCUAUAUGCACACUCUCUCACUCUCUACAGCCCCUAGCCACACAUAUUACAUCCCAAACACAACUGAAACCGACCUAUUUCCACAAAACACCACACUACACCACACCACAAUCAACUCACUCUAAACACACACAAUGCCACAGGCAGGCUCCAAACACUUGCACAAUAUGCUUUCCUUUCCCUUUUAUCCUCUAGUAUCCCACUUAUGGAGACAUUAUAGACAAUUCAGAAGCAAACACAGUGCAAACAUGUUAAUAAAUUUGCUUGCGCUGCCCAGAACAAGGGCUUUUUGUCAUGCGAGAGCUCUUCAGCAGGGCUCUGCGAAUUUAACCAACAUGCUCACUCUGAUAGGGGGCAUUGGAGAUGACAAAACACACCCUCUCUGGCCCCGCUUCUUCUCAGUGGGCAGCUGUGAUUUAAAAAACUAUUUCCAGUCUGGUCCUGUGUGGAAAUCUGUAAAUUGCAGUUUACUAGCACAGAUCAUGGCUACCAAAAGAAGAGUGGAAAGGGGAAAUUGCCAUUCUUUAAUUUAAAUGGUACCUAAUAGUGACUGUGCCUCUACCGUUUAUGACUUCGCACUCCCUGGAAUUUUUUCUACAUAUACCACUAGUCCUGAUAAAAAUUAUUAACAAGCAACGAUUAAAGAAAAGAAAAAUUGAAAAAGAAAAAGUGGAUCCAUAUAGUGACAAGAAAUAACACAGUAUUAGCAUAUGGAGUAUGACAGUGCUUCCAGAUAAAAUAUGUAUAUAUUUUAUUGUCUUCAACUGUUAUUUGUGUUAACAUCACAUUCUAUGUUCUACGUCCUUAGUUUUUACACCACCUAAGAAUUUAAAUAAUGCAGCAUUCUUAGCAGUAUCUCUUGUUUUGGCAACACUAUAAAAUGAUAUGUGCGGAUGAUGAGCAGUGGGAAAUAACUGUUAUACACGUGGAUAUGUUUAUUCAUAAACAAUUAAAGAUCAAAACAGACACAGUGAUGAGCUUUUUACCUUUGUACACGGUUAACAAUGCGUGUCGACAAAAGCACAGAAUAACAUUUUCUAGAUAAAUUACUUUGAAUACUUUCUCUAGUUUAGCGUAUAUGUCCACUAGACUGUUCAAGACUGCAGUAAACAAAAUUCUACCCAAUCCUAUGUAAUUUUAAAUUCUAGCCUAAACUAAGUGGAUUUUGUUAAUUACAGUUUUUUUCUACCUGAAUACUGUGAAUGGUUGUGGGUAUCAGGGAUGAUGGGGGUGAGGAGUGGGAUGACCUCUCCCCACUGUCCCGAACAUCUGGUGGAGCUUUUAAGAUCAUAUGUUCCAUUGUUUAAAGGGUCACUACAAGCAUCAUGACCAGUUCAUUGAUUUGAAGUAGUCAUGGUGCGUGGAGUCUGUAUGUACACCAUUUAGCUUUGAAAUGCUGCACAUACAGAGAUUACUCCUAAGCUGCUGGAGGUGUAACUCAUAAAAUAACAAAGUCCCAAGCUGGCUAAUAUCAAUUCUGUGCAAAAUCAGCAUCAGGCACCAGCACGCACAGCAUGCUGUCUACAGAUAGCCAAAAGCAGCACGACCCCUUCUCCAUGCUGACCUGUCCACCCUGCCCUACUUCCCCCUCUGAAAAAGGGAAAUAAUGACAAAGGAGGAAGAUCGUGCUGAGGGAGAACUAGAAACGUUAUUAAUUUAAAAAAAUAUUUUUUUGUGUGUUUAGGGGGCGCACUAAAACCAAACCCAUCGUUUUAUGAAAAUAGAGGUUUUUGAUUGGAGUAACCCUUUAAGGAAGGUAAUAAUAAUAAUAAUAGACUCCCUAGUGAUAAGACUAUAUCAUUUUGCCUGUAGAAAACUGCAGAAACCUGUAUGCUAAGCGAGGCUAGGAUUACUAUGAGAGACUUUCCCCCUGGAUUUUCUGUGGCUCCUGUACUGGUGAUUCUGUAACAGGUUAUAUAAUGUCAGAACGUUUACUUGUUCCACAGUUCACUCUGUGUACCCACUCACUCCUGCAGAGGCCUUGCUAGGUUGCAUAAUGACCAGUUCAGUAAAAGGAUAACUCUUAUGGCCUCUUCCACCACGUAUAUUGAUUUAAAGUACUCCCUAAACUCUGUCCUAUACCAUACAGUUUUCACAGCCUUAAACCCAACUUUAAUUCGUUGAAUAAAUUCAGAUUAUUAUAUAAACGGGGACAUGGGGUUUACAAUGAAAUGGUGACUUAGGGCUGUUAAAAACCCAUCUUGGGUUUCAAGCCUAGAUCCAGCGCUCCCUCCCCUCCAGCGAUACCCCAUGGAACAUAAAUCCUAUUAUUUCUCUGAUGUGUGCUAAUAUGGGUGAAAACACAGGGAAGGAUUUAUAAAAUUGAUCUGAAAGGAGUUUUUUUUCCGUUUUUAAGUUUAGUCUGUAAUCUGUUGUUUAUUUAAGUGUUCUAAAGAUGAUUACUAUUGUUGUUUUGAGCUAUUAUUCUGCAAUUUGCAAGUUUCCUGCAGUUAGUUCAGGUCAAUUCUGCCUGGAACCUGUUAGCGUGAUGUGGUCUUGUCAGAAUAUGCUAUUAGUAUUAAAAAAUGUAAAAUACAUUUUCCAUUAUGCAAAUCGUGUAUAGAGCAUAUCUUUGAAUUAUAUUCUAUGUAAAAUGUUCACAUAAAACAGUCAACAAUUAAUCAGAAAAUCAGUUUACGGGAGAAGCCCAGUAUGAGUACAAUACAUUUCUCGUGAUUAUUCAGCAUCAGCAAGGUAAACUGACAUAUAGAAAAAUAAGCUAAAAUAGACUGGAAAAAUGGAACAAAUACCACUGAAAUUAAAGAUGCAUGAAACAUAAUAAUAAUAAAAAAAAAAUUCAAAACUGUUUACGCAUUGCUAAAUUUCCAAUUGUUUUAACCCCCAAUGGAAUACAACUAAAUGGAGCAUUAGCAGGCUUAGACAUUUAGAGAUGUCACUAGAUUUUGACAAUUUAUGACCAUUUUGUACAAGUCCCACAUAUAUCCCAUGAGGCUUUGCUUCGUUCUGCAGAUAAAAUAGUUGAGACUGCGCACUGCUGAAUGCUAGCAGACUGCGUCCUAUUUUAUUUAGUAAACUGCAGUUUUUGGUACAGUGGAUGGUUUUAUUUAAAUUUGCACAAUAUUCCUAUAAAUGAACUAAAGUCAAGUCCAAUAAAUUCUACUAGAUAUAAUUACAUGCACAUAUUUAUUUAAAUUAGUUAAAGGGAUAUUCUGGCACCACACUCUAACAACUUCAUUUCAUUUAAGUGGUUAUAGUGCCCAAAGUUCCAUAUAUAUGGAGCCGUCGUUCUGUUAAGUGUUAAACCAUUUUUGAAUGGGUUAAAGCUAAAUAUAAGUUCCUGCCUGUUGGCAGCCUUGUCCUUCGGUGCUGCUUAGGUUAAUAAGGAAUCCAUAUCCUGAACAUUAAUUGGCGACGAUGGUUGGCUGAGACUGUCAGCUGACAACUUUUAGCCUAUCACAGGCCCGCCAUUGGUGGUAUGUAUUGGUAUGGCUAGAAAAGAGUAUUCUCUCUGCCUUAGCCAUACCUCUAGUGUGCCUGGGCUAAGUUAAUGCUAAGGGACCCUGUUGCCAGGGACCCACAUUUAAACCGUACAAUACCAUUAAAUACUUAACGGAGGGAUGGCACCAGGGAACCUCACAAUAACUACUUCAAGAAAAUGGUAUGGUUAUAGUGCCUAGAGUGUCCCUUAUAAUCUUAUAUUACACACUUUGAUGUGCCUUUCUGUUUUUCUUUAGAUCCUGAGAAACUUGUACAAAAUGAAAACUCCCUGUCACCGUUGGCUGCAAUAACCGGAGUCUCAUUAUUUUUAAUUUUGUGUAUAUGCCUUCUAUUUGUGUGGAAAAGAUAUCAACUUCAUAGAGGUACAAGACAACUCUGGAUAUUUUAGUUUUUAACAUUUCAUUGUUUCAAGGCUGUUAUUUUAAUUAAGCCUUUUCUGUUUCAGCAAUUCACUGGAAACUGCAGGAUAGGAGGAGGUAUUUUACAUAUUUUUUUAUUAUUCUUUUGGCCAAAGCAUGAAAUCAUUAUUUGUUUUACUUAAUGCUGUAUUAUUUUUUGCAACUUAAGGUCUUCAACAGAAUAUAGAAGAACACAGAUAUUUUCAGGUAAACCUCUAGAAACAACAAUUAAAUGCAUUGACUAUACCUAGAUGUGAAUGUUUUAUUUAAAUGAGUCAUGAUGUCUGAUCUUUCACUAAUGCUGUUUUCAGUCUGUUAUUUCCUAAAAUUCCCUGGCAGUCAAUGCGUAUGCAAAUUUAAAGUUUAACAAUGGCUGCAGCAGGGCCAGACUCAGAGCCCAAUCCUGGGAGGGGAAUUGGAAGAUAGUUUAACUGCAAUGCAGUUUAUCUAAAACACACACACACACACACACAAAACCCCAACACAAAAAAACUAAAAAAAAAAACAAAAAAUAGUGCACAGUAAACAUUUUCUAGUCUGUUCAUUUGAAUUAAAUGCCUUUUAAGCCACACCUGAUUAAUUUGUCCGGGAUAUACCUGUGGAAUAUUGUUAUUUAAUAAGACUCCAAAGGUAAAUAACUGAUGGAUCGAUUUCCUUGGGUGUGGAUUAAAAGGAAUUUGAUUAUGAAGAACCAUAUGGAAUGAAUUGUUGCACUGGUUUAAUGCGCAGGGUUAUUUGCUAAACUUUUGUAUUGUAUUGUUGAAUUGUAGUGAUUUUAAAUCCAUAUUACUAAAUUAAGGCAAAUAUAGCUGAUCUCAAGAAAUGAUCUGGCUCAGCCCUAGUACUUCGAUAUUUGAUCAUUUUCUUUGCAAUUUGGUUACAUUUUUUUAUCAUUUGGAUUUUAGUGAAUAAGUGUGUGUUGAUGUGGGGUAUGGUCAUGUAAUAUUCAUUGCAUAGGAGUGCAUAUACCCUGGUGUAUUUGUGUAAUUUGCCAGUGUGAGAAUGCACUGGAGGAUUAGAGUGCAUAUAAAAAGGUGUAUUCUGGGGCAUUGUGUUUGCCCAGCACAGGCUGAUCGCAGAAGUAAAUUACUGGACAUCAGGGAUAAAGAUUUAAAUAAAAUUUAGAUGUGUGGGUGAGUGUAUGAAUGUGAGUGUGGGUGUAUGAAUGUUUCUGUGUGUGUAUGUGUACAUAAGUGUGUGUGUGUGUGUGUAAUUUCCCUAACAAAAAAGGUGUUAGGGGCUUUGCAGAGUGACUCAAAUAAAAAUGUCUACAGUUGGUGGGUGGGGGGUGACAACAUAAAUCUCCACCCUGGGUGCCAUGUAACCUUGGUAUGCUUCUGCCAAUAGCUUCCUCUUUUAUGGUUUUCUCUGCAUAAUGUGCCUUUUAUGUCUUUAAUGCGCUCAUAUUUCCCAUUGGUGUCCCUCAGUCUCCCCUCCAGUGUCAUUUACUUCCCCAUUAUGGUUAUACUCCGGUACCACUGAAUCCCUCCUCUCCACAAAGUCUUUAUUAGCAUGACUGUGUGGAAUGUGAGUGAGAGUCCUGAAAUUUGGCAUUCUGUCAGGACUCCUGCUUUUUGGCUCCAUUUGCUGUCUGGAGUGGGUGGCAAUAUAACGUCACAUCUCUGGUCCAUCUGUCAGCACUCACUGAAAAGUUCUGUUAGUGCGGGCUUGCAUUGAGGACUUUCACUCACAUGGCACUUUGGCACGCUACUGUAAUAAUAUAAAACUAAAGAAUGCACUGCCCCACCACCCUAUAUAAGUAAAAUACAGGUACUCCUAAGCGGCUGCCUGUCUGGUGAAUUCUGUCCUGGUGCUAUGUUCCUAGAUCUGCGUCUGGGUUGGAGAGGAAAUGUUGUUAAAGAGAAUAAUGUUUAACUUGCUGCUGUAUCUGGAAUAAUUUAUCAUUUAUAACCUUAUCUGGAAUAAUUUCAGUUCUGUUUGCUGGAGACCUAUCUUAUGUAACUAGAAGAAAUUGGCUUUUGAAAGGGAAAAAAAGAGUCCCUGUACGAAAAAGGGACACCACCAACAAAAGUGUGUGCUACCACACCCCAAAAUUUUUAGAACAAGCCAAAUUGUAUAAACAGUGGUUUUUCUCUCAAUAUUCCUUCACCUGUAGGCCCUAACCAAUAUUACUCCUGUAUUAUUAACUACCUGCGUUUCUUCCUCUAGAAACACUUACAGUGAAUUGAAAACCAAAUUGCAAAUUUCAGGCUAAAAAAUCCAAACUGUGACCAUGACAGUUUUUUUUUACUAAACACAGAAUUUCAGUGAAUUAAAUUUGAAUGGCAGAAUUUAAGCUAAAAUAGGUGAUUUAGAACUAUUCUCCUACUCAGCUUUAGUCACGGCUCGGCGACUUUUGACUGAAUUUUGUCAUUCAGAUUUGAUGUGUUAAACUUUGGUGUUUAUUGAAUAACCCUGCAAGACUGGCGACAAUUUAAAUGAUUUAGUCUUCUAUUCCAUUAAAGGAAAAUUGUAGGGUUAGGAUCACAAAAGUGUAUUCCUGAUCCUAUAGUGUUAAAACCACCAUUUAGAUUGCUCUCCAAUAGCACCCUUAAAAGGUAAUAAAACUUACCUUUUUUCCAGCGCUGCGUGCGUCCUCUUGGGCUGGCCCUGCCCCCAAUCUGCCUCCUUUGCUCACAUUAUCAGAAUUGAUGAUCUCAGCCAAUCCAAUGCUUUCCCAUGGGGAAAGUUUUAGAUUGGCUGAGAUCGUCAAGGAGGCGGGACGGGGCCAAAUGUUGGCUUGGCUUGUCUGUAUCUCCUCCUAGAGAUGUAUUGAAUCAAUGCAUCCCAAUGGGAAAAGUUCAGUGUCUCCAUGCAGAGUGUGGACACACUGAACGUCAGUGCUGCACACUGUCCAGCACUGACCCAGGAAGCACCUCUAGUAGCCAGGGCCGGACUGGGGAUACAAAGCAGCCCUGGAAAAAAAAUUUAUGCCAGCCCCAUAAGUCACUGCGCCAUAUAUUGUCGCGUUUAAUAUGUAAGGCUAUGUCUUGCAUGACAGAUGAUUGAGUUAUUUAUAUAUAUAUAUAUUGCUUUUUCUAAUGUAAAAUAUUGGUCCUUUCAGAGUAAAACAUUUAAUUAUACAGUUAGCAUACUCACAUGCAGACACAGACAAUCUCACUGACAUCUCAAUGACACACACAAGCUUAUUGAUACACAGGCUCAUAGACAAACAAUCUCACUGAUAUACAUCAGCUCAUUGACAUAAAAACACAAGCUCACUCACUAGCAGGCACACACAUGCAAGCAAGUUCACUCACUAGCAGACGCACACACAUAGCUUAAUGUAGUGGUACUGGUGUCUAUAGCAUGUCCCUACAGGCUUUUCAACGUAAACAAUGACUUUUCAGAGAAAAUGCAGUGUUUACAUUGCUUCAAAGUGACACCGCUAGUGACAGUCACUCAGACGGUCACUAGAGGUGCUUCCUGUGUCAGUGCACCUACAUUCAGGGCCUCCACACUCUGUAGGUGCUGAAUGUUCCACAUAGAGAUAUUGAUUCAGUGCAUCUCUAUGAGGAGAUGCUGAUUGGUGUAGCGUUUUGCAGCCAAUCCUAUGACAAAGCAUUGGAAUGGCUGAGAUCAUCAAGCUUGAUGAUCUCAGCCAUAGAGGCAGGGCCAGUUGAUGACCAGCACGCUGCCUUUGGAAAAAAAAGGUGAGCAAAACACUAUUUUUAAACACACAUACACACCAUGACAGACACAGAAACACACAUAUACCAUGACAGAUACACACAUACCAUGACAGACCAUGACACAGACAAACAAACACACAUAUACCAUGACACAGACAGACACACACCCCAUGACGGACAGACACACACCCCAUGACAGACAGGCACAAACACACACCAUGACACAGACAGACACACACACCAUGACAGACAGACAGACACACACCACAACAGACACACAUAUACCAUGACAGAUACACACACACCAUGACAGACCAUGACACAGACAAACAAACACACAUAUACCAUGACACAGAUAGACACACACCCCAUGACGGACAGACACACACCCCAUGACAGACAGGCACAAACACACACCAUGACACAGACAGACACACACACCAUGACAGACAGACAGACAGACAGACACACACACACACACACACCAUACAGAUAGACACCAUGACACAGACAGACAGACACACACACCAUGACACAGACAGACACACACACCAUACAGACAGACACACCAUGACACAGACAGACACACCAUGACAUAGACAGACACACACACACCAUGACAGACACACACCAUGACACAGACAGACAGACACACCAUAACAGACAAACUCACACUGACACACAUUACUACUACCUGCCAGGGGGUCGUGCAGUGCAGACGGCUGUCUGUGCUGGCGGCUGCUGGGGCACCUGUGCUGGCGGCCGCUGGGGGAGGUCUGCUGGCUGCCGCUAGGGGAGGUCUGCUGGCGGCUGCUGGCGGCUGCUGGGGGAGCUGUGCUGCCUCUGCUCCCCAGCGUGCAGCUUAAUGAAACCGGGGUCGGAAUAUGACGUCAUAUUCCGGCCCCGGUCUCAUUAAGCUGCACGCUGGGGAGCAGAGACAGCGCAGCUCCCCCAGCGGCUGCCAGCAGACCUCCCCCAGCGGCUGCCAGCAGACCCAGGUGUCUGCCCGGCCCCAGGUGCCGACAGCCCACCGGGAAAUUUCUUAAAGGACCACUAUAGGCACCCAGACCACUUCAGCUUAAUGAAGUGGUCUGGGUGCCAGGUUCAUCUAGGAUUAACCCUUUCUGCUGUAAACAUAGCAGUUUCAGAGAAACCUACUAUGUUUACAAAUGGGUUAAUCCAGCCUCUAGUGGCUGUCUCAUUGACAGCCGCUAGAGGCGCUUCCGCGCUUCUCACUGUGAUUUUUUUUUUACAGUGAGAAGACGCCAGCGUCCAUAGGAAAGCAUUGAGAAUGCUUUCCUAUGGACUGGCUGAAGGCGCACGCGGCUUUUGCCGUGCAUGCGCAUUCAGCCGAUGACGGCGAAAAGGAGGAGUAGAGUUCCCCACGCCGAGGGAGCCCGGUGGGGGAAAACAGGUAAGAUUUAACCCCUUACACCCCCUAGAGACUGGCGGGAGGGGGGCCCUGAGGGUGGGGGGGGGACCUAGAGACCCUAUAGUGCCAGGAAAACGAGUAUGUUUUCCUGGCACUAUAGUGGUCCUUUAAGUGCAAUUAAAUGUGUUAUCUCAUUUAAUUAUAACCUUAAUAAAUGUAAUUCAAAUGCCAUAUUUUUGUCAGAUGUGUAACGCUCUAUAUAUAUUGCUUCUUUAUAGGACAUGAAGAUGCUCUCAAUGACUUCGGAAUAUAUGAGUUUGUUGCCUUGCCUGAUCCUUCUGCUUCUCUCAGGGUGCGUAUAGACUGUGAAAUAUUGGAGUCUCAGUCAGAGGGUCAACAGCUUCUUUGAAUACGUGUUCAAUAAUAUUAUUUUGCCCUCCACAGUGAGUUGUGAUGAGUCAGGAAUUAAAGGAAUUAAUAUUGCCUAGUUGAGAGAAAUCUCAGCCCAGAUGGUAAUGUUCGCUAGCUUAGCUAACUAUGGCCCUUCGGAUGUUGAUGGCCUACAACUCCCAGAAUUCUUUAAAUGCAAUAGGUGUCCAGGUAAUCAUGGAAUCUGUAGUUCAGCAACAUCUUGGGGGACUGCUUUAGAUAAUAAACCCUAUAUACGUCCAUUGGCUUCUGCACUAAAUCAUAGCAAAUAUAUAUAGUGAGUGUAGCAUAUUAGUGAACUACACAGCUACAGCAUGAACAAACAUAGUGCUGAGCAAACAAAAUUCACUUCUGUUAUUUAGAUAAUGAGGAUAGAAAUAUCACAUUGGAGGAAAACAUGGAUUUAUUAAGAAACAUCGCACACAAAUGUUUAAACCCACUCUUUUCUGUGUCCACAUAAAUGUCUAGUUUAUGAGUGUUAGAUUUAGGAGUUAAUAGUGAGAUUAAAAAUAUAUAAUUUUCGUAGACUCGCUUUAGCAUUGCAGUUAACUUAGUCAGUGUGAUUUCGAUCCAAAAUUAGCAGCGAAUGCAUGAGAAAAUAUACAUCUGUUAUAACAAUUUUUUAAUGUUUCGAUCCCACUCACUGUCUGUUCAGGUGCUUUUAAAAAUACUUCCCAAAAUGUAUUCUCAGAUAUAAAGACUACUUUAUUAGUGUUGACUUUCAAAAGGCUCACAUCAGGGGAACGACCCUGCUUCUUUUUGGACCAGCUAUUAGGUGCAGCUGCAUGUACAGUCUGAGCUAGAAUGAGGGAUGCUAUAUGGUAUAUAAAAGAUGUCAAAUAAGGGAUGAUAUUGUCAAAGGAUGGCAGGCAUAGGAACUUUAAGGAAGGAAAUGACAUAUAGAAUGAGAUUUGCAAAUUAAGCACACCUCCCAAGUGUCCCUAUUUAGGAUCAAAUCCAUCUGUACCUCUUUUCUGCUCUAAUGUCCCUCUUUUCUAGGAGCUCCGUUUAAUUUGUAUGUCUGAAUGUGUAAAAGAGCUCCAUAGCAAUAAUACUCACAGUAAUAAAGUCUUUAAACUAUAAUAAAUGUGUUUAGAAAUUGGUCUGUGUAAAUAAGAUACAUUGUUCUUUUUCUAAAUUACAUUUUAGUUGCAUAAAUUGUUAUUAUGGUAAAAAGUCACCUAAUAUUUCCUAGAACAGUCCCACCCUUGGUCAAACCCCUACUCACAUCCUAAAAUGAAACUGCCCCUCUUUGUCCAUUUGAAAUGUUGGACGGUAUGAACUAAGCAUAAUGACAAAUGAGGCAUGAUAAAUGAAACAUUGCAUGUGAAAUUAUCAUAUUAGCAUUUGUGACCAUUGUAUGGGAACUUUUAGUAGCAUUAGUCUAAACCCUAAAGUAUUGCAAAUGCAGGCAUUUUGGUUCACAUUAUCUCUGGUAUUUUUAACUACUUUGUAUUUGCGUUUCCAAAAGCUGAAAAUGUAUGUGUGAAAUAAAUUUUGUGAGGUGAAUUUAUUGAUAUGAAGUAUAAUCUUCCAGAUUACCGUAUUUUUCGCUCUAUAAGACGCACCUGACCAUAAAACGCACUUAGUUUUUAGAGUAGGAACACAAGAAAAAAUAAAUAAAGUGUUCCUUACCACCCACUCCCCUGUCCAAUAGUGUUCUUCCACCCACCCCCCCAUCCCAUAGUGUUCCUUACCACCCCUCCACCUGUCCCUUUGUGCCCGUUUACAUGGUCAAGGGCCCUACGAAGGCAGACAAAAAAUAUAGGUAAAAUCUGUUUAGAUCUCAGUAUCAGUGUGCAGUGAUACAAGUAAUCGUCUAGUGAUCUUAAGCUCAGUUAUUGUCAAUUUCUGAAAAUAGAGUUUCUAUUUUGAUUUACACAGUGGUGUUAAAUAAGGGACUCCGCAAGAACUACAGAAACAUGCAUAGUAUAAAGGUUGAUUUUCUUUCCUGACAACUUGAAUGUUGUGUUUUAAAGAAAAAAAAGAGGAAGUGGGUACUGAGUCUAAUAAUAUAAAAUCACAUUUGGUAACGUUGCAAAGCAAUUAGACCUUCUUCCUUGUUACCAUUCAAUGGGAAGUCCGGACGCUUUAUGGAAUAUGGACAUAGCAGAGGGUUGUGGGAGUUGGAGUCCCAUGAUCAGUUUUCUACUGAGAGUUGUGCAGCCUACAUUUAGCUUCAUUCAUAUAAAAAACAUGAAUGAAGCUUGCUCUGUGGGUUAACCCUCUCUCCCUCCUUUGGUCCCCGGAAGGGCUCCUACCUUUAUGUAGCGUGGCCGAGUGGAGUAGUGUGCACCGCGGUACAGGAGACACACUUUCCUGUUCCUCAGUGCUCACUUCCUUUCAGUCUGACCGAGUACCGCAGUGCGCACUACUCCACUCAGCCACACUACAUAAAGGUAGGAGACCUACCAGGGACCACGGGGGGAGAGAGGGGGGCACAUUUGCUCCAUUAGAUGCACAGACAUUUUCUCUCACUUUUGAGUGUGAAAAAUAUGGUAGUAGGUUCCUGGGUAAAUGAGUAGAUGCUUCUUGCCAAAGGGUAAAUUGGCUUAUUAUCCCACUUGCCAGUACUAUUAGAUGAAUGGGCAGAUUUGAGGGGAAUUGUCACUACUACACGAGCAGAUUUUUAAAAUUGUAGGUUGAAAGGGAAAUAACCAUUUAUGGUGAAUGUGAAUGGUUUUAUUGAUGAUUAGACAGAUUAAAUGUAUAUUCACUUAGAGUGUAGAAAGAAAACAAAAAAAUAAAUAGAACUUUCUAGAUGAACCAGUUUCACAAAUUGUUAUUAGUAGAUUACCUAUAAUUCUCACAAUGGCCUGCCUGUGGGUACACCCCCACAAUUAAAGUGUCCCUCUUUGUCCAUUUUAAAUGUUGGGAGGAGGGAGGAGAACAUACAUUAAACCAUGCAGUUUUUGUCCGGUGAGAUCAUAUAUUAUCACUAGGGGUUCUAUUAGAAGAAUGGGAUAACCAACUAUACGAAAACAGUUUUGUUUUUCUUAUCUUUCUGAAACCAUGAAACAUAACAUAUGCUGUUAAAAUCUCUUCCAGAUUUACCUAUACCCAUUGUGGCAGCUGUUAACCAGUUAUAACAUGAAGCAGGCCCAAAUUGUCCUUGCUGCUUCUGGUUAGAUUAGUACUUGCGCUAGGCAAUCUUACAAAUAUAUAUGUAUUUCAACUAUUAUUACUAGAUUCUCGGUUAAUAGUGAGUUCUUCAGAUUUUAAGACUGUUGAUGGUUUUACAACCUGUUUAAAGUAAUUGCUGUACUUUCUUCAGGUACCAAGUAGCAAGUCUGCGUCUGUUUCUAAUGCCUCACAAGGCCAAGACACAACCUGCACAGUUUAUGAAGUUAUCCGACAUGUUCCGGUGCAGCCGCAAGAUAAUCCACAAGACAACCCGCAGCUUCAAUAGUAAGCGAUUUGAACUAAAACUAAACAAGCAAACAUUUCCAUUUCUUUCAAACCUGAGGAUGACUCAGAUGUUUCCUGUUUGUAUCUAAAGAACCACGCGUGUACAGCUGUGUGUGACAGCAUUGUAUGUUCUUCUAAAAUGCUAUAAAUAAUUGAGCACUGUUACAAUACACGGUAAUAUACUAAUUGCUCUCAUAAGUUAUAAGUAGUGUUGCUCCAAGAGGAUCCAGAAAGGUCCUGAAAUGUGGUUUGUAAUACAAGGUACAGUAUAUGUCUUUAAAAAAACAAGUGUUGACUCAGUAGUUCUCCAUUUUAUUUUAAUACUCCUAUCAAGUUGCUUAAAGGGAUACACCCAACACUAUAACCAUUUCAGUGAUUUAAAGUGGCCAUUGUGUCUGGAGUCUGUAUGUGCAGUAUUCAGUGUAAGAUGCAGAACAUACUGAGAAUAAUCUUUUUGCUGCAGGAAUUGUAACUAGAGUUCCGGGCUGGCUAAUAUGAAUUCUGUACAAAGUUUCAUGCACAGUGUGCCAUUCAUUGGUUUAGAGCAGUCAGCUGAUGCUCUCAUCCAAUGAAUGGCGACUGGAUUGGCUUCCGCCUUUUGAAGCGCAACGAGAAUCCAGGUAAUUGGGUAAACCAUUGCUAAAUGGUUUGCCCCAUUACCAGAGAACUAGGGCCAGGGUACUAUUUGCAUCAUACAAAUACAGUGGGGUGUAGUGUUUGUUACUUGGAAUGAUCAUUUAAGCAGUGGUUCCCAAACCAGUCCUCAUGGCCCACCAACAAUCCAGGAUUUUUGUGGUAUACUGCUUUAUUCCAAUGGAGAUACUGACAAAACCUGGACUGUUGGUGGGGCUUGAGGACUCUUUUGGCAAUCACUGCCUUAAAGUAUCCAAAUAUCUCAAUUCUCAAACCAUGUCGCAGGUAUUCAUUCCAUGAAAAGAUCAAGUGAUAUAUUUCACAAUAUUUUAGAUGACAUCGUGGAAACAAUUGUGGUAUUUAUAUAUCAUAAUUUAUUAAUGUAUCCAUGCUGUAAUGGUAUACUUUACCCAGAUAUAUGGGUUCGACAAGGGGUGUGGCGGGUGUGCCCAUGUCCAUCUUAAAGCAGGCCCAAAUUGUCCAUCCUAUCCAAAUUUACAUCCAUACUUACUCUAUCCAUAAUUCUGAGUUAGUUUGUUAUGUUACAAAUUAUUAGUAGAUAACUUAAAACCAAUGAAAGCAGUUAAAUUUUAGUUUAAUUGCUGAAGAAAAAUAAGCAUUUCCUUAUCAUUUUUAUUCAAUAAAAACUUAUUAAAUAAGAAGAAUCAGGGAAGCUCCUCAAAUUCUUAUAUAUCUUUUAGUAAUCUUGUUGGGAACAAGCCCUAUUCAGGUCUGAGCACUGACCGUAUAUUGUAAUUCAUAUGUAAAAAUAAAUAAAUAAUUUUAUAUAAAAAGAGUAAUUAUAUCAAAGAUCAUUCUCUACUUUAUAGGUUGCUUCAAUCUGCAUCAAACCUGGGCUGGAUAUAGGGCAUACGUGGCCGAUGGAUGUGUGAAGCAGUGACUCCGUAGUCAUAAAAAAAAAUAUUACAUUGUUGCUGUCAGAUUAUCUUGCAGCUGUUCACUGUUAACAUGAAUAAUGAAUUUAUGGAUAGUUUAAAAUUACUGAUGAAAUUAAAAAAAAUAUUGGCUUCCAAGAAUUUUUGACACAUCCAGCUGAGAAGCUUAAAAUGUCACUCUAAACACCAGAACCACUAUAGCUUAAUGUUGUGGUUCUGGCGUAAUUAGACUGUCCAUGCAGUGACAUCAAUAUAAACACUGCCUUUUGCCAUUGCUACCUACUGCCAUCUCUAUUGGCUGUUACUCUAACAGCCACUAGAGGGGGCCUCCUUAUAACAUUCCUGAAAAGAUUGCAAAGGUCGACAUGAUCCCCAUAGAGAUGCAUUGAGCCAAUGCAUCUCUACGAGGAGUUGUUGACAUGCAGCAAUUGCUGUGCACUAGCCCACUCCCCCCCGCUCCCGCCCCCCCCAAUGCUUUCCUGAGUGGCUGAGGUCAUUUGAUUGGCUGAGUUACUAAUAAACUCAUAAUCCUAAACCUUUUUAUUACAACUUUAACCACUCUUGAGUUGUUAAGCUUAUUAUCCUUAAACAUCCUACGUAAUGUAACUCUGACAUAACCCCUCUCUAACCUUAAAUCCCCUUUUACCAUAACCACAUCUAACAUCAUCUUUCACCCUGCAUGCAUAGAUAAAGCCGCAAACGUUCACUAUGUUCACAGAUUCCAAUGCCAGGCUGCACAUACACACAUAUAUACAUAGGCAGUUGUCUCAAAUAAAUAUGUUUUUCAGAUGUUUUUAGGCCUGCAAUGUCCAGUCAGUAAAUGAAUUAUACUUAUUUAUAUGCCUUUUGUUGAGAUGGGAAGCAGGGAGCGCCUUAGAAUUUUAUGCCUACAAGCACCUGAAAGCUGGCCUUAACAGGGUACUAAUAGUAUACAAAACGAUUUAAAAAAAAAAUUAUUCUGGGGGAGGGGGCUUUAAACAGGUAGGCUAACACUAUAAUGUUAAUAAUACAAAACUACAUUAGUCUAAUUUAAAGUUUACUGUGAAAAACAUUGACUCUUCAAUGCUAAAUCACAUCUGUGCGCAUGAAGCAUGGACUUUUCAUGCAAUCUAGAGUGGCGGUAAAGUACUCAGAGACUUUACAUGAAUAAAUAGAUUGAACUGCGGCACCCAGCACUGAUUUUGCACUUCAGCUACUACUCAUCUGACUGGGUGAGAGGCGCCUCACUUCGUUAUUGAGCUUCUCCUCGAUCUCUACAUCCUGGAAUUCAAGAUGCGGCCUGUGAAGCCUGCAGGGACCUGGAGUCGGGAGAUGUGGCCGAUCUCCCGGUCUGGAGCUGCUGAUUCUAUUGCGGAGUCCUGUAGGGGCACCAUUCCUCCGUCCCCCCACCCCCCUCUGUGCCUGUUGGGGUUAUCCCGGUCCACACUGGAAGCUGGGCCAUACACAAGCUACAAGUGUGCAAAACGCUUACUUACCUAAGAUGGCUGUCGCAAUCCAAGUAGCUAAGCCCAUGACUGAGGCCAAGCAACAGCAUCAGCAUUAGGAAGCAGCGUCUGAUGCCAUGUAUGACCAAGUCUGGUGCAGCCUAGAGGCAAAGACACAUCAGCCCUCUGUACCUGCAGUGCUGCUUGCUGAGGCGGCUCGUUCCCCUCCUGCGUUGGAGAUCUACGGGAGGAUCAUCCCAACACAUAGUCAGUACCCUCAGGGAGGUCUCUGCAUGUGGGACUGUCCGGGGACAUAGUCCUGAGCACUGAGUGUGAAGGGGCUGUCAGAUACUUUGUGUGGUCUCCUGAACGGACCUGGGGCUGGGAGUGUGCAACAGGGGGGUGCACACAUGUUUAUCCGACAGGUGCCUGCCAAUCUUCUCCCCCUAGCCUAGGCAUAAGAUGACUACAACCUGAUUUAGAUCAAAUCAAACUUUGAUUAUUUGUCUAUCUACUCCUUCCAAAUUGAUUAAUUAAUGCGUGCACGCUCUUCCUAGAAGUAAUUCACACCAGAGACAAAGUUUCUGAUUAGUGAAAAACCUGAGGAAUGCUUUAUUCCCCGGAGUGGGAGCCCCUUUUAAAGCAGAAAUACGUCAUGUACAGAGUCACAGUUAACAUACAGUAUACAUUCAACAAUUGGUUAACAGUAUAAGGGGUCUUGUCUAAACCCACCCUACAGGAUGUAAUGUCAUCAUUACAGAGUUCUCCCACCCACAUUCCAGCUCCAUCUUGGUUACACAAUGGGAGGGGGAGUGAGUAGUUACUGAAAAGAGAGGGGCUGAAGGGAAAACAGUUACUUUAACAGCGAUUCUUCAUUUUGUUACACGUGGCACAUAGCUGUUAGUUACACAAAGGAAGUGGGGGAGGAGUUAGUAAAGGAAGUUGUUCUUUUAACACAGGAAUUUGUUACACAAGGCUUGCUCGAUGGGAAGGGGGAGGGUAGCCGGAUGGGAGGAAUUUACAGAGGAAAUAGUUACUGAGCACACAUGUACAUAGUAAAAAAGACAUUUCAUCCAUUCAAGUAUUUUGUCCAUAACAAACCUCCUAACAGGCAUUUAGAGCUAUGUUUAACUAGUAACUUCCCUUAAUCUGUACAAGCUUUCUUUUUUCUAUCGGCAAUUCCAAUUUAUAGCCAGCAAUGUUCAUAACAAACAGAGGAAGUUAGGGGUAGCACCACAAUAUGGAAAAAUAUAGAAUAAGCAAAUAAAUAAAAACAGGAAUCUAUAGUAUAGCACAUAAGUAUAUAUAUAUAAUUUGAAGUCCUAAGAGGAGCAAAAAAAUAAAGGUCCAAUAUAUGAAAGUCCAAUGUUUUAGUAUGGAAAUACACUCCCUACUACCUUUCUUGUGAAUGGGCACAACAUUCGCUAAUUUCCAAUCUUCUGGGACUACUCCUGUUAACAAUGAUUGGUUAAAUAAAUCUGUUAAUGGUUUUGCUAGUACACCACUAAGCUCUUUUAAUAACUUUGUGUGUAUUCCAUCAGGCCUCUUCGACUUAUUAGUCUACUUUUGACAGUUGAAAUAGAACCUCUUCCUCUGUAAACCUUGUUGAGCAACCUCCUGGUCAAAUUCAACUGCUGACUCAAUGAUUAAGAAUUAAUUACCAUCCUCUUCUAACUUAACAUCUAGUUACAAAUCUUCAUCCAUGUUGGUGUGGUCAGUACACUGGCAACAAUACUAGUGAGCAAAAGUUGUCUGGAACCCUGAUAAAAGCCAAUGACUGCAGUGAUGUCAUAAAACUUACAAUACAGAUCAGAACAAGUGGCAUAGUAAAGAUGUCUAUCAUAUGUCAUCAUAUCCCAUUGUACAGCGCUACGGAAUUUGCUGGCAUUAUAUAUUAUAAUAAAAUAAUAAUCAUUAUGCACUGUGAUGUCAUGGAGUGUUGGACAACCUUUUUUUUAACCCCUUCAGAAGAGGCAUUUGUCCAAGUUCUGAACUAAAACAAACUCCAUAAAUGUGAUUGUGCAGCUGUAAUUUAAGGACUUCUCUUUAAGUAACCUCAUACAUAUUAUAUACUGAUUUUUAAAGAACAGAAAGGGCUUUCUUUUAAUAUCCUAUAUGUAUACCUAACACAACAUUAAAUGUAAAUAAAAUGUUGAAAAUGGGAAAGAAAUGGGGGAGGGGGGUGCAUUUUUCACAUUUUUGCUUAUAGUAUUUUUUACACAUCCAGUGCAAGUUAAUAAAAAGAGCUGAAAAUAUAUUCACAUAUCAGUUUUGAUUGUUAAAUCCCUUUUAUGUCUAGGAUCUCAAUUAAUUUUUAGUAGUUAAAGUUAACUCUACUCUUACACUAACUCUAAAUGUAUACAUACCCAAACAUCACCCAUAAACGUAACACUACACUAUCGCUAAAACUAAAACAACAUUAACCCUUACCUUAUCCUAAGACUACCCAAAAUCCUACCAUAAGCCUAACUCUACCUUUAAAAACAAACAAACCCACAGCUCAUAUUAUCACUGAUAUCAGCAGAUGGGUUUCCUAGUUAAAACAGUAGAAAGCAAUAUAUUGCUGACAUCUACUGGCUGUUUUCUGCAUUACGGGUUAAAUCCCUGUUCACACCAUAACGUUAGGACGUCAGUACGUGCUAAGUAUAGUUAGGAUGUAAUGAUAUGUACUAACGUUGUAAAGUGGUUAAUAUUCGUUAUUUUCUUUAUUUAGCAACAGACUGAUGAUCUUGAAAUACUCCCUGCAAUUUUCACUACUUCUAAAAUUAGAGGUUAUAAUCCCUUAUUUAAUAAGAACGUAAGAAGAAAAAUAACAAAACAACUUAAAAGAAAAGAGACCAACACAAGGCAUUCAGUAUGGGGAUAAAGGGUUGGUUUUUUGAUCUCCGUAGCCCAUGCAGCAGGGGUUCCCCUUCUGAGCAGGCACUUUAGGCAAAUGACUGAUUUGACUAAUGGUUGCGCUGGUCCUGGUUCUAUGGCAAAUGUAGCAGUCAUGAGCAAGACUGCAAAUUGUAGAGUAACGUGAAAUCCAUGUUGCUAUGAUUUAGCAUGCAAACGUUUCAGGAGAUCAUUGCAGAGUUUAACCCCUUAAGGACACAUGACGGAAAUAUUCUGUCAUGAUUCCCUUUUAUUCCAGAAGUUGUGUCCUUAAGGGGUUAAAAAUACAGUUUCAUACCACUUCUGCCACAAAGUAUGAACCUCUUGUGGGAAAGUACAUAAACAGGAAAAAGAACAUACUGCAAAACACAAUUUGUGCAAAGUUAGGUCCACUGGUGAAGCUUCAUACAUCUAUUUGGAGAGUAUUUACUUAGGCAAAUGUUUUUGGUGCAUGCAAAUCCAUAUUCCUGCUUUGUAUCAAAUAACAAGCAACUAGAAGAUUUACAUGUGCACAAAGAAAUCUACAAUUGGUUCUGGAAUCCUUUACUCCCUUACUUCCUCCCCUCCCCCCCCCCCCAGAUGUUGGUGGCCUACAACUCCCAAAAUCCUUUAAACGCAAUAGAUGACCUGAGAAUAAUAGGAUUUGUAGUCCUUGGUUGGGGGGGGGAGGAGGGGAGAGGAAUUUAAAAUGACUGCUAAAAACGCUGGUAUUCAUCCUCAGUCAGCUGAGAGUACCACAAAGAAAAGAUGGGGAAAUAUUACAAAUUUAACAUUGAAGUGUGCCACAAAAGGAAUGCUAGAUUGUCAUUCUUAUUGCAGCCUUACCCUGGUAUAAGUACAGCUUCACAGUUUGCUUAUAAAUUCUCAUUAAACCCAUUUCUUUUUCGCAGGCAGAAAAGACUUUCAUAACAUUGGAAGGAAAUCCGUGGAAAAUAUCAAACUGCAUGAAGAACACAUUGAAAUGACAUGUUUAAUCUCAUUGUCAGAAGUGACUAUUGCUGUCAAAUACCUCAGUCUUGUGGCAUUAAAUAAAAGUGGUAUUUAUUAACAAAAUGCCAAAUUGUAGUGAUUUUGAAAAAUUGUGCAAUUAAGGCUAAAAUAGAUACACUGGAAAAAUUCACGUUCACAAAUUUGUAAAGUUGAGGAAUUAUUUUCCAAAUCGACUAUUUUAGGCUGAAUUUUGCAAUUCUGUUUUAAAUCCAAUACAAUUCACUGUUUAGUGGAUAAAUCCCAACAUGUAUUAUUGCACAUCGCCUAGCUUGCUAGUAAUAAUUAUGAGCUACUAAAUGAAAAAUGAAUGUAACACUUUAAUUGAUAAAACUAUUGUCUAUUUUUUCUGUGUUUUGUAUAUACUAUGGCAAACAUUUUCUAUAAGGCUUUGGUUGCAAGAAAAAUGUGGAGACACUACCACUGAAACAUUAUAAGAUCCUCGCGCAGGUUUUGGUGCAAGGACGUACCUUGUCCUUGUCUUACUGGACUCUAAAGCAUAUUACUGCAGAAAUUUGCAAAAAGUAGUACAGCUAUAAGAACCUGCUACAUUCACUCAACACACCAAAGGAUAAACUAUUCUUCCCCUAUCAUUCACGUUUUAAAGCAUGUACGGCAGGGCCGUACAGGGACCAAAAGGUAGAUCCCCAGAUGUUUUAAAACUACAAUUUCCAUGAUGCUUUGGCAUUGUAAAGACAUGCAAAGCAUCAUGGGAGUUGUAGUUCUGUAACAUUUGGGGAUCUACCUUCUGGGCAUCCCUGGUGUACGGCAAUCAACUCCCAUCUCCUCUGAAAUGCCUGUACUUGUAUCCUUAACCCCUUAAGGACACAUGACGGAAAUAUUCCAUCAUGAUUCCCUUUUAUUCCAGAAGUUGUGUCCUUAAGGGGUUAAUACAGUUUAAGGAACACUUUACUAUGUUCUUGUAUCUUUGUGAGAGCCUGUAUUGAAUGUUUUGGUCAAAACGUUUUCCAUUCAUUAAAAAAGGAAACCAUAAAGAUAUAAACGUAAAAAAAAAAAAAGCCAUAGAUGAUGCACCACAUCAUUCAUGCUUUUAUGUGAAUUAUUCUACUUCUAAAUACUCCUAAUCAUAAACUGCUACUGUGCAGAGGGAUCACCCGAGCACUCCUAUUGAAAAUAACAGAUGCCAUGGGUUUGGCCAAAAGGUUUCAGCUGAUAUUUGUUCCGGUAGAUCUCACGGUAAAAAUUGCAACCCCUGGGAAUUUUCAGCAAACAGAAUCUCAAAUUCUGAGUACCAUCUUAUAUUUUUUAAAUAUAAAAUAAAAUAAAAAAAAUACUUAAGACAUUAUAUUGAUAAUGCAUUAUAAAUGAGGUCUGUCCCAACAUGGAGUGUACCUUUAAACUUAAUUCAUAAAGUAACUUACUUCAUAACUUACUUAUAAAUCCCCCAAUAAGUUUUUAGGGAAAAUGUGCACUAACACAGUUAAGCCAUACUGAAGUCGUAAUUCAUAUCGAAUCAUCGUGCCUAUGUGUAGGGACUAUAUAGUCACAAAAAAAGUGGAAGGCAAUAAAUCUGUUUUAAUGGUACCUGUAAAACAUGAUACAAAUUAGUCAUUUUAAAAAUAAAGCAUAAAUCAUAAGCCAUCGAGAUACUUUUUAAAUGUUAGAUAAGUUAUGUAACUUCUGUCACUGACUGCUGGCUAUUAGUUUAUGGUCACAUAUACUAGAUGUAUAAAUGUGGGACUUUAGUAUAAUAUAUGGGUAUAACCAUCCUACGCAAAGGAUAAACAAGUAUAAUAAGGGCAAAUAAGUACAAUGUUAACAAAAAAGAGGGAGGGGGACAUCUGGCAUUUGACAUACUUACAAUAAAGGCAGUAUACAUUAAAGGAUCACAAGUGUUGGGAAAACAAACUCGUUUUCAUGACACUAUAUACUCCUUAGGACCUCCCCUCCCUCAGGGCCCCCCUUCCUUGGUGCUGAAGGGGUUAAAACCUCUUUAGCUACUUACUUUAAUCCAGCACCGGGCUCCUUCGGCGGUGGUUACCGUGCCUCACCCGCCGACGUCAGCUCCCGAGUGGAGUGGAAAGAGCCGCGUGCGCAUUCAGUCCAUAGGAAAGCAUUUCUCAAUGAUUUCCUAUAGAUGUUCUGCACGCUGGAUGCGAUUUUCGCAUCCAGCAUCGCAGAAGCGCCUCUAGCGGCUGUCAGGAAGACAGCCACUAGAGGUUGGAUUAACCCUGCAAUGUAAACAUAGCAGUUUCUCUGAAACAGCUAUGUUUACAUCUGAAGGGUUAAAACCUGGGGGACCUGGCACCCAGACCACUUCAUUGAGCUGAAGUUGUCUGGAUGACUAUAGUGUCCCUUUAAGCAUCCAGGGUAAAGCUUGUGUCUAUCAAGGAGGGGAUCAACAUUUGUAUAACGGUAUAACGUUAGUUGCCCAAGCUUAGGGGAAUGACAGUUUUGUGUCACUUGGCAUCAUGCCUGUGGGAGUCGGUGAGUGCUGACAAAUUUUCACAUGUAACUUUGUCCCUCAUAUAAGCUUCGGUGGGGCAUAUGGAGCUUUUCGGGUUUUUCGCUAUUAGGGAUUUAGUAGCUAGAUGAACGUGAGAGGUCGAAGCUCUCCAAUUAAAGGGAAUAUUGGCUGAGCGGUCUAACCACAAAUAUGCUGAUACAGAGUAGGGAACCUCGGUUUCUCCCAAUUGCUGCAAGACCCUGGGAUAUGGUCAUUUUAAGAAUAACUUCGGGGCAAAGUUAAUACACAAGUUUACUACAAAAUGUUUUACAAUAUGUUAUUUAUAUAUUUAGAAAGGAUAAUUUCUUUAGAAUGUUGAUAGUGCCCAACUUUCUUUUAAAUUAUUGGUAGUGUGUCUCCCUCUAGUGGAAAAGAGAAGAUCUGUCUCUAUAGUCUCAUCCAAAAAUUAAGUGAAUUAUUGUUGGAAAACUCUCCACCUUUACAAUUUUGUGUGAAAAUUUGUAUGUCGGUUCACAAAUUUGCACAAAUCUAGAGUUUUUUCUGUUUAAGAUGGUUCUGACUUGGGCAGUGUGUCAAGUGUUUACUUAGGAGAGAGCUGCAGUAGAGAAGGUAUAAAAAGAAUAAUAUAAGAGUAUUAGUAACUCACUCCCUCACCUUUGCAGCACUUCAGGGUACUGAUACUAACCUUUUCCUAUGAUGAUGUAUGUUCUUGGAAAUCUUUUGCCUAUGAUGGUACCUGUGCACAUGCUUGCUGGUAAUUCUUCCAACAAUGCUGUACGUAAACAUACAUAAUCACAUGCUUCUUGUGCAGUGUUGUAAGAUACCUGGAUAUUUACAUUGUAUGCCAUGCUGUGCCUUCACUCAUACAUGAUGUAAAAAUACUACUACUACUAACAAUAAAACACCUCCCCAAAACAUACCUUACUUUUAGUUUAAAAACAAGUCAGAAGUGAUCAUUUCUCUUGAAAGAAUAUGGUAAUGAAGUCAUUAGGUACUGACCUUUAACCUUUUUCUCAAGUUGAUAACAUUUAUCAUACAAUGCAAACACGCAAAACAGGCUUGAUAUACCUCUAUGAUUUUUGAAGUAUGAGGGUCAGGCUAAAUGUGUAUAUUAAAAAUUAUUACUAAUGAUUGAAAAUUAUUACACCCCUUGUUGAUGCAGAUUAAUGACAAAUAAGGCCAGAGAAAUGUGAUUAAAGCUUAUUUUAAGCUACUUAAUGAGAAACUAGAGGGUAAAAAUGAAACCUUGUUUUUUAAUGAAUUGUAAAGAGAAUUCAUUAAAAAUGCAAAACAGAAAACCCUAAGAUAGACGUUUUGACGUUUCUCUUGAUACACUGUUUAGUGGGUCUACUCUUGCAGGUAUCUCUCACGCCAAAAAUAAAUUUUUAUUACUCAACUCUUUUUUUCUAGGCUGAUUAAUGAAUAGCUUUGAGAAGCAGGCUUAGAAGUGCAGCGAUCUUUUUUUUUUUUUUUUUAAAUUGCAGCAAUUUGCAGCCAUUUUAAAAAAUGACUGAGGGUUCUCUAAGCAAUUAUGCAAUGUUGUGAUGGUGCUUAGAGUGACUUUUAAAACAGUUAUAAAAAAACUCUGACCCCCAAGUUGAUAAUGAACUACAACUCCAAAAAGAGGGUAGAGUAUUAUGGGUGUUUUAGUCCAACAACAGCUGGGGGACAGAGUUUGAGUCCAUUGAUUAAAGGUUUUUAUGAGAGGGUAUUUGCAAUAUUCCCAUAUGUCUCUCUAUCCAACCUUCUCAGUGGCUAGAAAGCUUUUCCCUAGCUAAUGACAUCUUGAAUGACUGUCGAUCAUUUGGACAACAGAAUCAUAUGGUGACUCGGGAACAUUCAGUACCUACUAAGAAGGAAAAUGAGCAAUAUGAAUUGAUCUUUAAAACAUGCAGUCUGCACUGUAAUAUAUUGUGUUACCAUCACAAAAAAAACUAUAACUAUUUAUUUUGGACUUUUUUUUUAAUUUGUUUAUGAAUAUUUUAAUGUGUUUACAAGUGAUCUUUAAUUCUGUAUUAGAU